GUGAAACCUUUGUGGGUAAGCUCAGAGUUUGCUGGUGAGAAACCCAGAGGAUGUUAGGGUGUGACCAAAGGAAAAUGAAUAUAUUUUAUUUUACUUUAUUUAUAUACACAAAAACAGCCCUACGUAUUAAUGCAGCACUUAUAUGUAACUCUGUAUUUUUGUAAUAUUAUGUUUAAGUUGUUUGCUGUUGCUUCAGUUUUUUGUACCCUAAUAUCUAAGAAUAUAUAUUUAAUAUAUUAAGCAGUAUAGAAAUUAGACAUUAAUCAAUACUGGAAAGAAAACUGAAUGUUUAGGGCACUUGGAACUCCCAACUAGGCUUCAUGCAUUUCUCUGUUUUGAAUUGGCUUCUCUGAUAGUCACAGGAUUCUGCAUAAUACUAAUGGAAAGCUCAUUCUCUCAAUGUAGAUCUUUAUAUAACCAAAACAGCACCAUCUAGCCACAUCAGCAGGCUCAGGGUAACCCAAAGCUUUACAGAAGUAGAGGAUGGGAAAAGGAGAGGCGGUGGGAGGGGAAUAGGGGACCUACAACCCCUCACAGCAUAAUUAGUGUUCAGCAUAUUCAGUGGGCACAAAGUGAUGAAUCUGUUGGGGGUGAAAAAUGGAAAGCUGAGGUGGAAUAGAAUACUCUGAGAAAUGGCAGAGUUGUCUGUCUGCAAGCUUGAACAAGAGCAUAACCUGUUGUUGCAUUUCUUUAAACAAAGUUCAGCAUUUCUCUUUACAGGAAUGCCAGCCUGUACUCAAGACAUGCUGCCAGAAUAUACAUGACAGAACCUUGCAAAAAUAUUGAUUCACUUACCCUCAUAGUCCCACAGUCCAUUGAAUGGUUUUCCAGGUUCACCAGGAGGAGCUGGAGGAUCAUUAAAAAAUGGAGCACACACUUCUAUCAUCAUUCCAGCAUCUUCACCUGUCAACUUGAUUGUUACUGGAUCAUGACUCACUGGUAAGCUGUUCCAUGUAUCUUCAAUUUUAAACUCCAUCUAAAUAUUAUAUUGUAAACUUAAAAUGAUUAUUUUUGCUUAAUAUUAAGAAGUUUUCCACUAAUAUAUAUUUUUUGUUUCAUUAAAAAACCAACCAACCUGCAGUGUCACUAUAUCCCUGCUUCAUUCAACCCUCUGCUGUUGUUUAAACUCACAGCUUUCAUCUACAGUCAUACCUCAUGUUACGGACGCUUCAGGUUACGUCUUACAGGUUGCGUCCUGUGGUGAUCCGGAAGUACUGGAGUUACUUCCUGGUUUCGCUGAUCGCACCUGCGCAGAAGUGUUAAAUCGCGCCAUGCACCUGCGCAGAUACGGCGCUUCAGGUUGCACUCUUUUCAGGUUGUGAACGGGCCUCCAGAACGGAUCCUGUUCUCAACCAGAGGUACCACUGUAUGUCCUUCCACCCCGCUCUACUCAACUUCUGCCAUUGUAGGAGUGAAAAGGGGAAACACUGAAAUGGGCAGAAAUGCUUUUCUGAACUUCUCAGCUGCCUCACGUGAGAGACAAAGGAUGAGGAGCCUUCAAACAUUCCAUAGUACUUUCUCACAAUGUAUUUUACUCCUGGUACCAUGUGUUGUUUUCAACAUGAAGUUCUAGAUUCAAAGUAGUAAUUUAGCAGAAAUGUUUUCUUAACAAACAGACACCCAUAUAUGUACAACAUUCAUCAAUUGAACUUAGUACUCUCUAACUGAACAAACUGAUGGGCUUGCUCUUAAGAUACAGUAAUAUAUAUCAGCAUGGGUUAUGCAUACAAAAGGGGCUGCAGAAUAGAAGAAAGGAGGAGGCAUGGAAAUGGGAUGUGGUCUUUGUGCAAGGAUUUGAAAAAACAAGGUGGGAAAGGGGAGGAGUGGGAGAUAAUGGUGUGUGUAUGGAAAGGAAAAUGCACAAUAGGAGAGAGGGUAAGGUGUGGAAAUAAGGGUGAUCUGUGUGCAGUGGCGAAGCUAGCUGCUCCGGCACCCAGAGAAGCAGGGUGGGGCGAUCUGCCCACGGGGCAAUCGGUGAGGCAGCACAAUCCUGGGGGAGGACCAAUCGUGCCGCGAUCCUCUGGGGGGGGCGAUCAUGGCACAGUGACGUGAUCCUCCCGGCGGGGGGCCGAUCGCUGCGUGGCAGCGCGAUCCGCCCAGGGGGGGUUAUCUCUCCCCCCUGGGAUGACACCCGGGGUGGACUGCACACACCCCUUCCUACGCCCUUGUCUGUGUGCAAGGAGAGUUGAGAAAACUACGGACAAGGGGUAUGGAAAAAAGAGAACGAAGGUGCAAAGUGGGUUGCAAAAUAAGAUGGAGUAGGUGGCAUGGGAAUUGGGUUGAAGAUGAAAGCAGGGGUGCAAAAGAGUCUGGAUAAUAGGCCGGGUUGGUAGCUUCAUAACUGGGCAAAGGGCAGAAAGGGUGCUUAGUAGUGUGGUAGGAGGUUACAGGAGGUUAUAAUGGGGGCGGACAAAAGUAAGUGAGGAGGCAUGGACAUGGGAGCAAGGGUGAAAACAGGGAUGCAAAGUGUGGUUGCACAAUAGAGUAGAAGAGAGAAGUAGCUUCUGGAAUAGGGUUGGGAAGGUGAAAAGUGAGCUUAGUAGCAGUGGGAAGGGGAAGCUCUAGGGCAGUGGUUCCCAAUGUGGAGCACAUGCCCCACAAGGGGGCAAUUUGAUUUUUAAGGGGGGCAAUCAAGAAUGAGUUAUUAACCCUGAAUGGCCUUUUAGGCUUCCUCCAUGUGAACAGGAGUUCACUUUUUUAAUAAUUAUAUAUCACGGGGGGGGGGGUGGCAUCAGGAUUUUAGAGAUGCUUAGGUGGGGCAUGGCCCAAAAAAGGUUGGAAACCACUGCUCUAGGGGGUUAAUGUGGGGAAAAUAGUAGGGGGGGGGUGAAUGGAGCAGACAGGGGCACAACUGCUAGUAACUUUAAUAGCAUUCUAUAAUCUCCCAACUCCUACCCAUUAUUGCAAGCGACACAACAUUAUUGCAACGGAGAGAUGCAAGUCAACCAAUUGCAUGUGUUACUGGAAGUUCCAUUAAGAUCUUGGUAUAGAGAUAUUACAUACGCAGGAGAAUUAAAUGACUUGCUGCAACACCAUACCUUUUUCAGUACCUGACUGUUCAUGCCUAUUUUCACCACAGGGUGUCCACAGUGAUCUCAACUUUAACUUGUAUAAAUAUGCAAAUCCACUGUCAUCCUCCAAAUAAAGUUGUAUUUCCACAGCAGUACUGGUGCUGAACAAAUGGCCUGCCUACGGAUAAAGUAGAACAUGUUAAAGUUGAAAUACAACUAUAUAUCCUCUGCAAACUUAUGAUAAAAAUAAAAUUUCCUUGUAAUUAGUCUUGGAAAUCUACUCAUGCAAUAUCUUCUAAGAACUUAAGAGUGAGCUGAAUCAGACCAGUGGCCAAUUUAUUCCAGCAUUCUGGCCAGUCAGAUGCUUUGGGGAAGCAACUUUGCAAGCAGGUCCCGAGGGCAACAGCAUGUUCCUCUUCUGUUGUUUCCAGCAACAUGUAUUCAGAAGCAUACUGCCUCCAACAAUGGAAGAACAACACAUCCAUCAGGGAAAGUAGCCACUGAUAGCCUUGUCCUCUAAGAAUUUGUUGAAUCUUCUUUAAAAGCCUUCCAAGUAGGUGGCCAUCACUGCCUCUCAUGGAAACAAAUGUCAUAGUUUCAUAGUUUUGUCUGCCCUGAAAAUUUCUAUGUUCAGCUUCAAUGGAUGUCCCUAAGUGCCAGUGUUGUGAAAGAGAGAAAAACUUUGCUCUCUCUGCUUUCUCUAGACCAUGCAUAAUUUUAUACACUUCUGUUACAGAACCUACUAUUUUCUUUGAACUAAAAAGCCCUAAAUGCUGUAAUAUUUCCUUCUACAUGGCUGCCUCCAACUGGUACAUAACAUAGCAGUUUCCCUUGAUUGGCAUUCUGUGGUCCAUCAGCUUAUCCUUGUGCUCUACAACUUGCACUUGCUGCCUGUAGCCUUCUAGGUAUCAUCACCCUGAGCAGUUUUAAGUAUACUUUAACACACAAUACACAAAACAAGGUAUUGUAAGUAAUGUGCAGUUCAUACUUCAGCAUCAAUCCACCCACAAAGCAAUCAAAAGACAAUAGUUUAGACACUCAAAUGUGUGACUACUAUAAAAGUCAAAACUUUUUUCUCAAUACUGUAUGAGAAAAGAGUUUAAAGGAGUUAAGCUGAGCGGCAAGUUGAGUUGAGCAUAUCAAGAAAGGAGGUGCAAUUCCUACAUGUCAUCCAAUUUAUCCAGGAACCAGUUUCCCCACCUUGUCUAAAUUAUACAUCUUCCUGUCCAUACCUGCAGAGAUAUUGCUCUAUUUAACUAUUUCCCUCCUUAACUAAUUGCCUGUGGUAAAAAGAAACUUUGAAUGCAAAUUGACUGAAGGAUAGCUCCAGCAUUAAAAUUGCCUGCAAUUGGCGGGUCAGUGGGAGGGAAUUUGGCCUCCAGUUUUUCCAAAAAGGAUGUGAGUUGGUUCCAAUAACCUGGCAAUGUCUGCUUGUUGGGGCAAGGGGGGCUAUAUAUGCUAAUUAUGAUUAGAACUAAGUAUGAAGAGCUCGGGAGGAAUGCCUGGGCAAUAUUAUUACAUGGCUGGAGAGAAAUAAUUUUGAGAUUAGACUGCUGGGCACAAAGAAAAUUAGUCCCGCUUUAUAUCGAUCCAUGAUGUUGGAUUUGUGGGCUAGGAGGGAAUACGAGUUGUAGCCCAAUUGAGGGAUAGCUCAGUCAGUAGAGCAUGAGACUCUCAAACUCAGGGUUCAAGCCCCACGUUGGGUAAAAGAUUCCUGCAUUGCAGGGGGUUGGACUAGAUGACCAAUGGGAUCUUGUCCAACCCCACAAUUUUACAAUUCUAUGCUGCUGUAGCGUUUGCAUGCCCACAAAGGACAUCAGGUUUCCAGAACUUGGGAACUACUAGCAGUGGAGAAGGGGCAACACAAAGUGUUAACACAUCUCAUUAAUCACCAUCCAGUAUUGUGGGUAGGUCACACUGCUAUAAGUUCAAUAGAGAGUGCUUAUGUGUGGGUGGGGGGAAAAAUCAGAUCUGCCUGACUCAUAUGUGCAUUAACACUUUGGAAUAUACACUCUCUAACACAAUAUUGUGUGUGUAAGUGCAAGAAUCACACUUUCCGCAGGAUGCCGACAUACUGUACUGAUGAAGAGGACAGUGAGACACAUCCCGAGCAUCUCUUAUCUCCUCUCUGCAGAGUAGAAAUCUAUUGCAAUGACUAUUCUGGGCAGUCGAUGAGGGCAGCCCUCUUCGAUUUAAACCAGGUCCUUCUCCCCUCUCCCCACCCCCGUUCGGUUGCCAACGUUUUCCGCCGGGGAGGACCCUCUGCCUCUGGAAACCGCGCGAGACGAAAAAGUUUCAGCUGCCACCAUUUCAGCUCCCCGCGCCACCCUUUUAAAAACACCGAGGAGCGUUGGGGAGGCAAGUUGCUUGGAAACCAGGAAGAGGGAAGGAAAUCCAGCCCUGCGACCGGGCAUAGGGUGGCUGCCAGUCAACUUUGCUCAGGAGGAGGCCCCGUUGGAUUUAAUGGGGCUCCCUCCCAGCUAGGACUGCAGCCUAACAGGUCUACUAGGAAGUAAUUGGUCCCAGGGAGAUGGAGAUACUUACUUCCGCGUAAGCGCGCAUACAAACACACAGCGGUUGCCCACUCACCGCUCAGUUUUGUUUCUCAGCCGCUUCCUCGCACAGCCUGAAGGAAGAGGCGGGCACGUGAUGCUUUUUUUUUCUUUUCCCCUUUUAAACCAAUGGGAAAAGUCAUCUCCUUCGCCUAGAUUCCGAUUGGCGGCCUGAGUCAGCCGCGUCAUCUGCGGACCCGUCUCCUCUUCCUCCGUUUUCUUCUACUCCUCUUGUGUUUUUUGCUUCUUUUCCUGUCCGUCGGUCGUUAUGGUAAUCGGCGGCGUUGAGGUGGCGAGUUAACCAGGUGUCUCGCGCCGGUCUCUUACGGGGGAGGUGGGGAGGCCUGUGAUUGGUUCAGAGAGGAGAAUUAGGCGAGACGGGGAGCAGCUGCGGCUUCACGCGCACGGCGGGGUUCCAACCGUCAGUCCCGGUCCGUGUGUGGGAAGAGAGUGAGAGAGAGGGUCGCGUGUUCCGCCCCCCCCCCCGCAUUUCUUCCAAGAGAGCAAUGUGACGCGCAACAGGCGACCUCGUCUGAAAAGAAACGUGUGUAUUACAUACACUUGUCGGCGGGUGUGGGGAGGCAUUUUUCUUCAGUUAACGCUUCCUCUUAAAUUAAUAAUUUCUCCUGUGGGUUUAUGCCAGAAUAAACCUUCCAGCCUGGCAUAAUCCAUGUCUACUUUAGAGAUCCUUUCAGACGGGGUUUUUCAUUGCAAUAAGCUCUUUUGCACAAUAAUGGUGCAUUUAGGGGUGGGUUUGUUCUGUUUUAGUAUUAGUGGUUAUGAAAUGCUUUCCCCCAGUGUUUCCACAUAAUUUCUGUUGGGAGAGACUAUAACACAACAAGGGCGGGAUAAAAAAAAAGCCCCUUGCUCCAUAACAUUUGUUGUAACUUUUUGCUGAUAUCCCAUAACUUUUUAUACAACUUAUGUACCGGUUGGAAAUGAAGCAGUAGGACAACCCCAAAACUUUUGCAUGGACAAAUGGUUGUGGAUUUUUUUGUGUGAAUAGUGUUGAAUGAAGGACGGUGUAUGACCAUUCUGAUCACAUCAUGGACACAAAUAAUCAUGAACAUGCAAUAAAAAGGAUGUGUUGAAGGACUGUUCUUAUUUUUAUCUUUUUUAACUUUAUAAUGGUACACUGAUGAGCUGCUGUAGGCUGGAGUUUUAUAUUUGAUAUCCAUGGGACCAUGGGCAUAGCCAAGAAUUUUGCGAGGGAAGGAAGGCCUUUUGUUAGGGAAGGCAGAACCUCAGUUUGCUAUGCAUUUUUAUUUAUUGGAGGGCAGCUGCUCCCCCACCCGCUGCACCCAUGCAUGGGACUAUAGCUUUGAAAAGUGAGUUUCCAUUAUGAUGUUUGAUAGAGCAUUUUUCUUUCAGAAUUAUUUCCACAUGCCCUAUCUUUCUGUAAAUAGGACACUUGUAGAUUCUGAGGAGAAUUCAGUUAGAAACUACAGUUAGAAAUUAAUGGAAGUAAAUAACUGUAGGUUUUGCUGCUUACAUUUAUCUGACUUUUACAGGUUUUGUAUUUACCUUGAUGAGAGGGAGUUCAUUUGGUCAGAAACCUUAUUGUGGAACCUUCCAGGUUAAAAUAUGGAAGGAGCAACUGAUUUUCCAAGAGUUCAAAGUAAGUUCUGCAUAUGAGUUCAUUAAGAUCUAUACUGUUAGUUGAUGUAUUUCAUUGAAAAGCUUAAACAGAAGUUUUCUUUUUAUAUAAAAAAAAGUGGGGGCCAAUAACAGCUUAGGUGUUCUUCUGGACCUGUUGCUCUAUAUGAAGGUGCAGAUAACGUCAGAGACCACAAGUGCCUGUUACCUGCUUUUGCUGGUAUUCUGUGCAUAUAUUUUGUGGUAUUCUGUGGUAUUCUAUCUGGAGAGAGCAGACCUGGUGUCUGUUAUUUUAACAUGUAUUCUGUCCAAAUUAGACUAUUGUAAUAGUGUCUACAUAGGGCUGUCUAUAAAGACAGUUUGGAAACUCCAGUUAUUUGUUUGCUAGCAGGAGUUAUACAACUCAAAUUAUACCAACCCUGUACCACUUGCAUUGCUUACCAGUUUGUUUCUGGGCUUAGUUUAAGGUACUGGUUUUGCCCUUUAAGGCCUACAUUGUUUUGGACUAGGUUAUCUGAAGUAUCGCCUACUGUCACGAACCUGCCAAUGUCUUAAGAUCAGCCUCAGAGUCAGGUUUAUGGUCCUUGAGGAAAUACCACUAGCCACCAGAUGUGCCCCACAUCUGUGGAAUUUCCUUCUCAGACAUCUUUGUCAGGCCCCUAUUUGAUUGUUUUUCAAUGAACUCUAAAUAUGUUUCACUUAGCUUUUCCUGAGUUAUUUGUUACGUUUGUCUUUCUGGUUGAAUUUCCCUCAUUGGGAGUGAUGUAUUUAAUUUUAAGUUGUAUCUUCUAUUUGAUUGUAAUUAUUUUUAUCAAUGGUUGGAAAGUGCUUUGUGAACUCAUUGUCCUUUAAGAGGAUCUAUCUAUCUCACUUAGGCUGUAAUCCAAACCUCUGCACCACCUGAGGGUUUGGAUCGGGCAAAAGUAUUUGUCUGUCCAGACUUGCUGGCCACUGCUCAUGGAGCACAGUGAGUAGAACCCCCUGACUGGUCCAGUGUCCUGUUCUCGCAGUGGCCAACGAAAUUCCUAUUGGAAACCUUCAAGAAGGACUUGGGUGCAAUAGCAUUUCCCCAAUUUGUCAUCCCAUCCCCAUACAGAGGCAUACUGUCUCAAACUGUGGAGGUAGAACAUAUCCAUCGUGGUUAGUAGCUAUAGCCUUAUUCUCCAUAAAAUUCUCUAAUCCUGUUUUAAAACUAUCAAAGUUAGUGUCUGCUUUUACAUCUUGUAGGAGUGAGUUUCAUGGUUUAACUCUGUGCUGAGUGAAGUACUUUCUGUUCAGACUCUUCCAACAUUGAGUUUCAUUGGACAACCCCCGCUUCUAGUAACAUGCAUGGGAUUGUGAGAAUUUCCAUUACAUUUUUCUUAUGCUUUGUAAAUCUUUCACUCUUUCAAGUUCAUGUUCAUUUCCAUCAAAUGAAACAGUAAUAAUGUAUAUAAAACAGAAAUAUGAGAAGAGGCAAAAUGUUACUUCAACAUCAAGAUAAACAUUCCUCCUUUUAUAGAGCAAACACAGUGGCUGUUUCAUAAAGACUAGCACUGUAGAUCUGGUGAAUACGCUGCAUAUGACAGCUUAAUCAAAUUGGUGCUGGAAUAUUAGCAUCACAAAGUGAAACACUAAGCAUUUGUUUUCAGGGAGUUUCAAAGGUGCUCUUGUUACAUCAUUGAAAAAGCUGUGAUACUUCUGUUCUGUUUAAAUUUCAUUUAUCUAACAUGCUCAGAAAAUGUUAAUAGCCACCACUGGGAGCCAGGUGUUAACAUAUGAAAACACAUUUAUUCUUGGUCUACUGCAGCUUCUUAAUAUAGUUGCCUACUAGUGUUUUGCAAUUCCAAAGCAUUCCUAAUCAACUCAAUACUGACAGCCGAUGAAUGGGUUACAAUAAAUGAAAAACUGUUUGUUUUCACUGCCAUCCAUUACUACAUCAUUUUAACUUCCUCCCCUGCAUAACUCUUGCCCCAGACAUUCCUUUAAAAUUUUCAACUUGGCAAAUCUAGAAAGAUAGUUUUCAGACCCAAAGGAGCAUCUACUUUUACUGUAAUGUUAGGUUCCAUAUAUUUUAUAUUUUUAUAUGUAACCCUCCCUGGCAUGUUUGGGAGAGGCAGUAAAUAAAUGAAUACAGUUUUACUGUCACUCUGAAUUGACAAAUACCUGACAAAAUGUUCCCCAAAAUGAUAACUCUCAUCUCAGUGACGUAUCAAUUACACCCUUAAGUGAGAGCUAACUAGGGCAGGAGAAUGAUAAUAUUCAGAUUUUGGGAAUACUUCUGGAGCCAGUAUUGCUCCUUAAGGGUUUGGAUACUGCUGUUGCCAGAUGUGCUUUUACUCAGCUUCAGCUAGUGCAGCAAAUGCAGUCUUCCCAGAAUAAGACAGUUCUUGUCACUGCUGCACAUGCUUUGGCUACAUCAUUGUUGAAUUAUUGAAAUCCCCUCAGUGUGGAGCUGCUUCCAAAGCAUGUUUGGAUGCUGUCAAGAAUACUGCUGUCAGUAAUUCUGAGGAUAUUAUUCAGUAUUACUCAGUCUCCAUUUUCUUCCAAUAUGUUGGUGCAGAUAAUGACCUUGAGAGCCAUAAAUGCAUUGGCCUAGGGUAGAACUCCUCACUGAGAUCUUGCCUGCUUGUUAAGAUCAUCUAGAGAGUCUCUGCUCUGCCUCCCACCUGUAUCAGAAGCCUAAAUUGAUGGUUUUCCUACAGUAACACCUGGGUUCUAGGGCACCCUUCCCCAGGUGGCACUGCUGGAUGUAUAGCCAUUUGAAAAACUGUUAAAACUGUCCUCCUUAAAAGUUUUAUAUGUUUUAUAAAUGACUUAGAAGGCACCAGUCUAACAGGAAAGGAGCAUAUAUGUGUUGAAAUGAAUUAAACAUGUAAAAAUAUUGUUAUUUAAAUGACUGAAUUAAUAUCACAUGGAUAAUGUACAAGAGUCAACAUACAUCAAAAUCUACUUCCAAGAUAAUCAGUAGAACCCCACUUUAAGAAAAGUCCAACCAAUUUGAAAUCUGUCAAGUGAACUCUUAUUUUAGGUAAAUUGGUAGCAAAGAUGAAUAAGGUGACUCCAAAUAAUGUUUUACUAUCUUCUUAGAUUUUGGGUGGUGGAAUUCAACAAACUUGUUGGUAAAUAAAAUUUGGUGAACAAAACUAUUUACUGUGCAAGCCAAUGCCUUAUUAGUUGGAAGUGGUCCAUUGUGUUUCAUGAAACUUACUCUCAAAUAAGUAUGUAUGGAUUGCAAUAAACUUUUCUUUGUUGAAUUCGUGUCUAAAGGUUUUUUGAAAAAGUGCAUUCUUUUAUAACAAUAAAGGAAAGGGAAUUCACAGUGAAAAGUGAUUAAAACUGUGAUCUAUAAACUAAAUUGCAUUUUAAGUUAUAUGUUGUCAAAAUAAAUGUCUUCAUAAGGUAAGGUCAGGAAGCAAAUGUAUUAGGAGAGAAUAUUUCUAGUUGAAUUUCAUAACGUAAACUAUCAGUCCUGCAAAUUAAGGGAUUCAUUUGUUUCAGAUCAAAGGCUAAAUGAUGUGCCCCAGCAACUUCAGACAGAGAAUCUAACAAGAACUACCUUUGAACAGGUAAAUUUAUUUCCUGGUUGUUUACAUUGCAGUAAGUCACCAAAAUGAUGCACUGUAGAAAGAUGUUGGAAAGGUUACUAUUUUUUAGACCUCUCUACAAAUCCAAGUUUUCAUAUAUUAUUGCAUAUAUUAUUGACACUAUAGCAUGGAGGAGCUUAAAAGUUUGUUUGUAGUUAGAAGCUACCCAGGUUUUUUUAUUUGGGAACUUUUUAUACCAGACAUUUUCAACCUUUUUGAGCACACCGCUCCCUUGACCAACUACCUUCUUUCUGCAGCACCCCUGUGGGGCUCAGGAGCCCAGUUACGUCAUCCCUUGCCUGCAGAACUGGCAGCCUCUCACCUGUUUUCGAACAUACUCCCUUGUGGAGUGUUCAUUCAGCCUCCUUUCCUCUCCCCUCUCCUUGGGAGUCCUCUGGGCAACCAAUGCUGCCUCUCCUGGUCUCUGAGCUGCCACCCCCUGUCCCAAAGAAAGAUGCUUCCUCACAGUGCCCCACAGGAGUCUGGGAAGAGGAUGCCCCCAACCUUAGUGACCCAACUGAGACUGGCCAAAGUUGAAUGAGGCCAGCACCUUACCUUGGGAGGCAGCAGUGGGUGCUGCCGGGCCUGCAUGGCGGAAAGGCUCUUCUUCAGCACCAAGCACUCAGCUCCCAGGCAGGCAUUGCACACAGCAAGCACAAGAACGGUACCUGCCUGCCUGCCUGCCCUCUCACUUGUCUUCCCAUUCCCAACAGCAAGGGCUGGCAGACCGGCUGUUUGGGCUCCAUUGCCCGCUUGGUUGCUUGCUUACUCUGAGGCUGCCUUAACUUCUGGCACCCAGCACCCCCUGGCCAGCCCCAGAGGCACUAUUUGCCAGCAUAGCAUGUAGCCAGACAUGCUGCAACAAACAGUCAUUCAAGACCCUUGGAGGCAGAGAUGCGAGAGGGGAUCCAAGGAGGAAGGGAAAGAAUGAGGGAUGGAGGCCAGGGUUGCCCACGGCACCCCUGACCAUCAUUGAAGGCACCCCAGGGUGCCGUGCCAACCCACACUGGUUGAAAACCACUAUUUUAUACAGUACUAAUUUUUAGAAUAUUUCCCAUAAAUACUUAUCUGCAGAAUUGUGGAUUAAAAUAACAGAAUCCAUACAAUAGACAUCAAUGGGCUAUGGAUUCAUACACUUGCUCCUCUUAGCCUUUUAUCCCCUUCAUCCACCCUGAUUCCUUCCUUAUUGUCUUAGUUGGACCAAACCAUACCUUGUCAUGAUCUCUGAAUUGUAGUUUCUCUCUUGUUGUGCAAGCCUCCUUUAAUGACUUUUAUUCAUAAAGGUAGCUUAUAAAUAUUUUAUGUAAUACAAAAUUGCUGUAUGGCUUUAUUUAUGAACUGCCUUGAGAUGGUGUUUUGCCUUGUGAAGUAAUGAGUGUGUAUAUACAUGUGUGUAUUACAUACUGUAUGGAAUAAUGUGUCGUGGUGUCGAAGGGCUAGGUGUGGCCAUCGCCUGCGCCUUCAAUUUUUGGGUAUUCCGUUAAAGGAAUCCGGCGAUCGUGUAUUCUGUCCGAUGCCUGCUUGGCGGGAGGCCAUGGCACGACCCUCGGUGACAUCAGGGGAGAGCUUAUAGUUGGAUUAGCAUCAACAGGCUCCACCUACUGGUGAAUAAACCCCCCUUUGUUUUUUAGACUCAACCCUCUCCGAGUGGGUGGAGUCAGCUGACGUAAUCCAAUGCCUAAGCCAAUACCUUUUCACUUGCUGUAAUCAAUAAAGUUGUGGCCUUUUCUUGCCCAUUAACCUUAUAUCACGUGUCCUUGUGUUUCAUUCCACUGCGCGGGGUUCGGGUCCUCGAACCACAAUAUUAUAUCAUAUUUCUAAAGUCUAAAAGGCCUUUUUGUAAUUGUUCUGAGGUUGACUGGGGAAAUACUGAAAAGUAAAACCUUUUAAUAACCGUAUAUUGAUCAGAUGCUACUACAAAUUUAAAAGCUUUACUGAUGCUUCCAGGUUAUAACUUUAUAGAUCAACAAUAAUUGCUAAUCCACAGUUUUUUUAAAAAACAAAACAGAAAUUCAUAGUACAACAAGAGGCUGGUUCUCACUUAUAGUGAGAGGUGUGCCACAGAUUUGUAAUACUAUUGAAACUAAUAUGUUUACAUGGGCUUAGAUGAGAACAUUUCACCCUGUUCUAGUUUCCGCUCAAAAGGUGGUAUGUGAAUCAUCAUUUGGAGCAGUACUAGUCAUUUUAGAUGGAGACUUUCUUUCUGCUGUGGAAAAAGAUUGUGUUUAUCUCCAGAAGAACUGAAAUUACACAUGUCAUUUUAAUGUAAAAGCAGAAUAUGGAAUUACAUAUCAGUGCACAUGGAAUGGAUUAAAUAUGCUUCACUUUUUAAAUAUAUGUGGUAAUAUGUAACAGUAUUAAAAGGAAAUAGUUUCAUUUCAGAAGAAUUUCUUAGGAGGUAACAAUGAAAUGGAGCCUGAACUGACGAAUCAAAGGUAAAGGGUUUUUUUUGGUGUUAUAAUUAAAUUUAAAGUACUACCGUGUUUCGAAUGUGGUUUGAUUAUUUGGUUUGUUUUCUGUCAGCCACUUUUUAAAUGUUAUUUUCAAGCUUGGAAAUAUAGAAUAAAAAAAAGGAAACAAUGUAUUUUUUUUUCUUUCUCAGUUUGAUCUGUAUUUGAAAGGAAGUCUCUGUGUAUACUGAUAGUGCUCUAUGGAGCUUUACCUUUCUUUAAAAAACAACAACACUGUGUUAUGCCUCAUUAAUAUUUGGUGCUGACCCAUUUUAGCAUUGGUUCAAAAGAUGAAAAAAUGGUAUAUAGAAAUGAGAGAAUUAUUGGAUGCCAGGAUCCAGGUUUGGGGCAAGUACUCUUUGGUGAGAGAAGCCCAGCAGAGGUUUAAAGUCACAAAAUAUGCAGCAAAGUAAAGCAUGGAAAUUUAUGCUGUUAGACCUUUAAAAUAUGUCCUUGUGAAUUCCUUCCAAAGUUCCCCUCUUCCCCCAGUAUAGGAAAAGGCCACAUGUUUGGUAAGUUAAAAAAAUGCUUACAAACCCUCCAAAUGUCAGGUUCAUGUGCUUUUCAAUAAAUCUGUCAAAAAAGUUGCAGAAGCAGUAAAACAUGGCUUAGUUAUUGUGGUGAAAGUCCUAAAUUAAUGGUUUGAAGCUCAAGAGUGGCUUUGCGCUUCUCUGAUUGACUGGGAUACAACAGUAGGCUUUAUUAGCUUCCUUCCAAGGUUAGCUUCCUCUAGCUAAACCUGGCAGGAUAGCAUAUGGUAUUAACCCAUUUGUGACUUAAGCAUGCUGGUUAUACCCACAAUAUCAAGAAGCAAGUCCAGUUGAACUUGGUGAAAUAUACUCAUGAAUAAACAUGUUUAGGAGCAUGCUGUGCAACUUUAAGUUAAUUGGCUUUCCUUGAUGGUAGUGAUGCCAUUAGCUGUGUUUGGAGAACCCAUGGCUCUUAAACAGGGUCAAAAUACCACAAGUGCCUCAUGCCUUAGGAAUUAAAAUGUGGGAAACCAUAGCAAGUCUGAGUAUCCAAGCUCUUGGAUAGGCACCAGACCAGUCCUUUCACUCUUCCUAUAUCUAUUUGCACAAUUGUGUGAAUGUUGCAUGGAAUUUUCACUGGAUAUAAAUUUUUCUAAGGUUACCAUUUUGGAUGCAGUAGAGCUUCCACUGAAAGGCAGGCCAUCCCUUUAUGAAAAUAGAUUUUUCUUUACACCAAACAAGGCACAGUGUGAUUCAUCCCCCUCUAUUGACAAGCACUUUGCUGAGGAAAUGGGAAGGAUUGUGUUGUGUAUCAAGCCACAGAUCACCACCUUUAAACUAAUUGAAUGUUCAGUCAGUGUUACCAAUGUCUUUAUUUUGUAUAUUUUUACUUCCACGUUAGACUGUCUCCUCUAGCUGCUGAUUAUGAUGGACAUCUGAAGGAAAUGAAUGAACAGCUGAGGUACUGUCAGGUAUGAAUCAUACACACCAGUGUGCAAAUGUUUUCCUGUUGCUCUUCACACAAACUUAUUAAGAUCAAAUUUUAAGACAUAGUAGCAUGUGCAGUUGAAAUCUACUCGGAGUAGACCAGUUGAAUAGUGAAUAAAUUUGAGUAUGUCUGUCAUUGAAUACCCAUUAUGAAUAAUAUUGUCAAUACUAAAAACAGUUUUUGUUCUAAGUUAUAAAAUGAUAUAAUUCUUUUUUUCCUGUAGCUGAACUAGCAAAAAGUAUUUUAUAUUCCGUUUUGUCACUGGUGUUUGUGUAUAUACAUGGUGUACGGGAGAUUUAAUUUUAGUGUGUCUAAUCUAACAGUUUUGUGACACCUAUUAAAAAAUGAAUGCUUACUGUUAUUUAUUGCUUUUUUUUUAGGUGCAGAUGAGGGAAUUGCGACUAAAACUUGAACAAGUUACCAAGGAAAAUGAAAGGUCGAUGCACUGAGUGGCGUGUUUUUUUGUUUGCUUGUUUAUUUAUUUUUAGAUUUCUAUACAGUCCUUCAUUUGAAGAUCACAGGGCAGUUUACAAUAUAUAGACACAAAAAUGCAUAACAUAGUAGCAAACAAAAACAGUAACCCCUCCACAGUUUAAAAGGCCAUAGAUUGUUUAAUCAGCCUGGCAUAAGAGAAAUGUGGUAUAAAAAGAUACGUUACGAGGGUGCCAGGCAAGCCUCCCUGGGGAGAGCAUUCCACAAGUGGGAAGUCACCGUGUCGCUCAGAUUUUGAGUGCAGGUUCCAGGUUGGUUCAUAAGGAGAGAAGCAGUCCUUGAGGUACUGCAGUCCCGAGCCUUUUAAGGCUUUAUGGGUCAAAACCAGCACUUUGCAUUGAGCCUGGAAACUAAUUGGCAGCCAGUGCAGUCAGGCCAGGAUUGGCAUUGUAUAUAUGUCUUGUCCUGAUGAGCAAUCUGGCUGCUGCAUUCUGCACCAGCUGAAUCUUCCAAACCGUCUUCAGAGGCAGCCCCGUGUAUAAUGCAUUGCAGUAAUCUAACCUAGAGGUUACAAGAGCAUAGAUAACAGAAGUUAGAUAACUAUCCCUGUCCAGAUGGGGUGCAGCUGGACCACCAGCCGCACCGUGCCUAUGAGGGGAACGUGGUGGUGACUCUGGACGUUAGCUAGGCCCUUCCUGUGAGUCAUCCCAGCUGUGGUGGAUGUCACCUGGCCCUCCUUAUGGGGCAGGGGCAGGCAGGCUUAAUGCCUCGACCGGUGCCUAGCAGCUGACUUAGAUCUACUUACUUUAAUCAAACUUGCUCUCAAGUAAGUGUGUAUAGGAUUACAAUCUGAACACUCCUCUCCUCUUUUUGCCAUCAAUGUCUCUUCCUGCCCUGAUUUCAUGCUGCCAGAUGCAUUUUCAGAGUGAGCAUUACUAUUGCUAGCAUCAUUUUCAACCACCAAGUAUUUAGAAAUACUUAAAUGCAAGCAAAAUAUUAUAUGGAUAUUAUUAGUAUAUUUCUAACCCUGGUCACAUAUCUAUAAUACUACUCAUACAUAACUGUUUACUCUUUUCUUUCAUAACAAAAAUAUAUGCAUGUCAGAGGUUUACCUAGGGGACCUGGAGUACUUGAUGUAUGUUAACUUAGUGACAUUUAUUUAUUAUUAAAUUUGUAUCCCGCCCUUCCUCUCAAAGUACCCCAGGCCUCCAAAUUUUCAAGUAACAAUUCCAUGCUGAAUUUUAGGUGCAGUGUACUUUCUUUUUCUGUAGGAAUCAGUCUUUUUUCCCAUUCUUGUCCCUCCAGCAACAACAGAGAGCCUGGUUUUUGGAGGCCCUAAGAGCCCAGUAUUGUCUUGAUGAAAGAUCAGAUCUGGCAAGGGAAGGGGAAAGGGUCUCAUUUUUUGAAGUAGAGACAUCCCUAAAGGACAGACCAAGAACAAGGAGAGACAUCCCUGGGAAGAUACUUCAUUUCUUCACAAUGUUGAAUUCCUCCCACUAUUUUCCACAAUAUACUUAUAUUGUGUCUUAUGGCUAUAGGAUGUGUUUCUAACAUCCUCUUUGCAGAAUUUUUCACAGCAGCAGCCACUUGUCUUCAGCUUGUCAGUUUCUUCAUUGCACAGCAAGAACUUAAAUUCCUCAGAAAAUUCCUGCUGUUCACAUGGAACACUUUGGUGCUGUGCCAGGAUAUGGUCAUAAGGGAUCUACAGAUACCGCUCUUAGCAUUUGUUUCUCUUGUGUAUAUCCUGUAGAAAGAUUUCAGUGUGCUUAUAGCUUCCAGAAUAAUUCAAUACAUUGUUAUAAACUUGAGAAGUGUUUGUUUUCCAGCUGAUGGUUCAUUUCCAUCAAAUUGGCUUUGAUUACUAUUUUAAAAAUAAAUUGCUUGUCUAUAUAUUUGUAACCUAGAUUGCAUGAAGAAUUGAAAGAGGCUGUUGAAAAGCAGUUGGAGGCUCUACAAGCUGGUCCUACCUCAGGGGAUGGUACAUUCAUGGAUGAAAAUAUAAUAAGAAACCUUCAAGACCAGUUACAACUAGCAAAUAAAGUGAGUGGAUUCAAACAUCUAGACUGCCUUGGUUCUUUGACUCUUUUGUAUGUAGUUUUAAAGCAUAUUUCCUCAGAAUUGGCCCUUCCCCUCCUUUUACUUUGUUUUUAUUUUUGGUGAAGGUAACAUGCACUUCUCAAAGUAAAAUUUUGUCAGGAUUUUUAAGCUUGCUUUUAAUUUCAGGAUUUUAUCUUAUUGGUAAUCUGUGAACCUCCAAGGUCUGUUGAAGAUGAUAUAAUAAGUUCUGGUGUAUUGAAUGAAGUGUUGGAUUAGGACCUGCGGAACCAGGGAUCAAAUCCCCACUUAGCCGUGAAGCUUACUGGGUGACCUUGGGGCAGUCACUCACUCUCAGCCUAACCCACUUCAGUGUUGUAAUGAGGGUAAAAUGGGAAAGAAUAGAACUGUGUAUACCACCUUGAAGCCCUUGGAGGAAAGGUGGGAAUUAAUUAAUUAAUUAAUCUUCACAGUUGAAUUACAUUUUUGGCGGCUAGGUUGCAAUUGAAUAGAAUUCUUACUGUUUAAAUAUAUAGCAUAUAGGAAACAUGUAAGUAAUAAGUACCAUCGCUUUGGGAGGCAAGUGGGAAUAUAUUGCCAUAUCUGCAUAAUGCAGAGUGGCUUUGUAGAAAAAUAACAAUCUCGCUUUCAGUUUUCUGAAUCAUAAGCACUAAGCAGAAACAAAGUUUCUCAUAUACUAUAUUUGCUUUUAUUUUUGUAGGAAAAGGAACAUGCAGUAGAACUUUGGCAGACAGUAUCACAGGAGUUGGAGCGACUUCAGCAGAUAUAUCAUGCACACAUGACAGAAGCACAGAUUCAUAUUGCUGAAAGUCAAAAACAAAAAGUAAUUCAUUUUAUUGUAAUAGCUAUGUAUUAAAAUUUGAUUAAAACUUCAGUCCUCGUUUAUGGUGGGUGUGAGACUCCAUGGGACUUGCUCUGCUACAACCAAAGCCAUAUCGGGUCCUUCUGGCUGGGAUGGGAAUUAGGAAGAUAGAAUUUUGUUCUCUUUGUCCCAGUGGGAGGGACAUGCCAGCUAUGUAGCUGGUGUAAAUUCAGACUCAAUCCAUUGACAUGUCAGGAAACUAGGAGGCUUUGGGUCCUUGUUCAUGGUCUGUCCCCAUCAUGCCCAUCCCAUGUAACAUCCUGUUUCAGACCAUCCAGUGAAUGGUGCAUCUAUUCCAGCAGACUUUUCUGUCAGGAUUUGGGGGGCAUAAGUGCUGUCCUGAGGGCAGAGCUUCUGUCCUUUGGCAAAGCAGCUCUUUAAUUGUUUCCAUAAGCUCUUCAUCUGGUACUUAACUGACUUCUGGAUUGCUUUUGUAAAAGCAAAAACAUGAUUGUUUCUUCUUUCCUUGAGAUUUCAGAGAUUGUCUUCAGAAUGUGACAUCGGUGAAUUCUGAAGAUCUAAAAACUAAGGCAUAUUAGAAAAGGAGCACACUUAGUAUGGCUUCAAAACUCCUCAUUUUGAAACCCAUCUAUGGAUUUUCAGGGGUUAAUUGCAGGGUUACCUCCCUUUAACUUACACAGCUUUUAUACAUAGGACCCAUUUACUACCACACACACACGUGCAACUAUUGGUUCUGGUGCAAAUACCUCGCAUCUGGUUGCAGAAUGUUCAACCACAGCUUGGCAUUGACUGACUACUUUGUGUGUACAUUUUUCCAUUUCUUUCACACACAAAAAACAAUAGGGACUGAAAUAUACCAUUAUUGCUUUUUCUGCUGCUGUGUAUUUCUUUUGAAAUAUCUGGCUAACUAUCAAAGAGAGAAUUCUGGAAGACAGCCAGUGGUAAUGUAUACAAUAUAGUAAUAGUACUUAAAUGUUUAAAAUGUUAAGCUUGAGCAUUUAUUUUUAUGUUGAUGAUAAAUUCUUUAGAUUAUAAUUACAUGCUCUGCAUCUUCUUUUUAGGAUCAAUUGACAAGCUUUCAGCAACUAACAAAGCAACUGCAUUUCAGCAACGAAAAAACAGAGUCAGUAAGUGAAACACUGAACAUUAUAAUAACAUCUUGAAACUGUUGUAGCCCAUCUCAUUUGAAUGUCCAUUAAAAAGAGGAAAAUAUAUAAAACAAAUGCAAAUAGCUCCAAAGCAGAUUCUAGGCACUUCUUAUCUGUGUAUAUUAUAAACCCUACCUUAUUUUUUAACGACUAUGCCAUAUUUUCUACUUCAUUUUUAAUCUGUUUUAAUUUAUUUGUUUGAUAACAUAAUUGGCCCUUGCUCUGGAAAAUUAGGUCAGAUUUGCGUCACCAUGAAGAAGCAAGCCUCUGUCUGUGAAACCACAUUUAUUUACUUUUAUUCCCUAGAGUUUUUUUAUUAUCAUUCAAUUUUACAAUUUUCUGUUUCCUCUACUUCUCCUUCACUUUUUGUGUCAACUCUGUUAGAGGGUAGUGAAAAUGAUUAGUGGUUGUAAAAGAGAGCAUGAACACUGCAUAGGGUACAAAGUUGUUUUGUAUAUGAUAUGAAAACGCAGUACGACAUAAGUUGACAAUACACUAAAAAAGGCAAAUGAUAUAAAUAGCUACAUUUAAGAGAGAAUUAAGAGAUUUAAAUGGAAAGUGGAGAACUUGUGAAGAAGAUAGUCAAGUCAACUGUAAGCAAAGAACAAUUUUUUGAAAAGCAAAUUCUUACUUCUUGAGGUACAAAUGUGUAACCAGAACUUUUAAAACUUUCUGCUGCAGGUCUUGGCGUCAAAGAAAAAUAUAUCCACCAUACUAUGUUUACUGAUUAUUAUUAUUUUUUGUUCUUUGGAAUGUAUUAAAACACUUUUCCAUUCUUGUAGCUUAAUCAGGUAUUUAAGAAGACUGUAACAGAACAGAAUGUAGAACUGGACGAGCUACGCAAGCAACAGAGGUAUAAAUGAGAUUUCUGAAACCUACUUUUAUUUCAUGAGCCCUAGUAGCUUGUUCUACCUUGUUCAUUAAAUCCAUCUAACGUCACAGAAAUAGCAAACUAUGUGACAGUGGUUCAUAUCCAGAGGCGACUUUUGAAUGAGCAAAAAGUUUUUGUGCAAUGAAAACUUCAUUCUAGUCCACUGCGCUCCAUGCACUACGCAUCCCUUCUUGUCCCUAACUCUUUUGAGGGGUUGCAGUGGGGAAUCUGAAAAUAAAGACCUUGCCUGGUAAUAGUGAAAGUGCCUUCUGCUUAUGCGAUCACAUAUUCUGAGUACCAUUCCACUAUGAUUAAACUGUAGUGGUUGUGUGUAUUAUUGAUUCUUAAUCAACUGGACUUCUCUGCCACCCUUCCCCUCUGCAGGGAGGUGGGACCAAUUCGGAUGGUCCACCCCCGCCGCUUAAUGGAUCCAAAUGGUUUCCAGAAAGUGGUAGGGGAUGCUUUAUCCCAUGUUGAUGGCCUUUCAGCUGAUUUGCUGGUGGCCCGCUGGAAUGCGGAGUUAACCAGGGCUAUUGACUGUCUGGCUCCGAAGCGCCCUCUCCGAUUGCAUGGAGCCCAGACAGCCCCGUGGUUUUCUUCAGAGCUGAGGGUGAGGAAACAAUCGCUGAGACGGCUAGAGCGCCGGUGGCAGAAAACUCAUUCUGAAUCAGCAAAAGUCAUGUCCACUUCUCUUACAUUAGCAUGUACCUUUCCUGAACCAAAAGCCAUUUGAUGAGCAGAAUGGCAGCACUGGAUUUUGCACAAUGGGAUUAUUACCUUUUUUUUUUUUUGCGUCACCAUGAAGAAGCAAGUAAAUAUUUGCAUAAAUAAUUGAUUGCCACAGCCUUAGGGGCUUCUUUUUGUAUAAGUAGUAGUGGAUGAGAGUGAAUAAAUAUUUUAAAUAUUUUAAUGUACAGUGGUACCUUGGGUUACAGACGCUUCAGGUUACAGACUUCACUAACCCAGAAAUAGUACCUCAGGUUAAGAACUUUGCUUCAGGAUGAGAACAGAAAUUGUGUGGCGGUGGUGCAGCGGCAGCGGGAGGCCCCAUUAGCUAAAGUGGUAUCUCAGGUUAAGAACAGUUUCAGGUUAAGAACGGACCUCCAGAACGAAUUAAGUACUUAACCUGAGGUAUCACUGUAAUGGUCCUGUCCAUGCAACAGAACUAAGCACAGAAACGUGGCAGUUUACUGCAUAUCAGAUUAAAGUUUUUAGCUAUAAGUGGAAGUGUAGCUGUGUAAGCAAACCUAGUAGAUUGGUUAAGUGGAUGUUUUCCCUAUUGCUGCAUUGCUGUGUCCUGCUAUUCUGUGCUGCUGUUUCCCCCCUCAUAUUUCUGUUUUUUGUGAUUUUGUUUUAUGAUUUUUUUUAACCUGCCCUGGGACCAUUUGGUGAGGGAUCUCUUCUGAGGAAAAUACAUACAGUGGUGCCUCGCAAGACAAAAUUAAUUCGUUCCGCGAGUUUUUUCGUCUAGCGAAUUUUUCGUCUUGCGAAGCACGGUUUCCCAUAGGAAUGCAUUGAAAUUCAAUUAAUGCGUUCCUAUGGUCAAAAAAAGUCCAAACAAAGCCAAAUUUGGUACAACAAUAGUUUAUUAACUGCUCUUUAAAGUCACACAUACUUUAAAGAGCAUAUCAAAAAUUGAAGGAACAAUAAAUUAAGUUUCUAAACAUGACAGAAAAACAUUUAAAAAUCAACAAAGUGUACUGUACAUACAUUUUCUAAGACUCUGGGGGACCACUCGAAGAAGGUUCCUCUUCCACUCUUUGCUUCUCGCUGAGGAACCUGUCCAUGGUCUGCUGCUUCAUCCGCCUUUUCAGCAGCUCCCUGAGAGGCAACAUGACCGUCGUAUCAAAAGUGUUCGCUUGGUCAUGUGCCACGUGCUUGUUAGGGUGGUGCCGCUCUGCAAAAGCCUGCACCUCCUUCCACUUCUGGCAAAUGUCCCUCAGUUCUUUGGAGGACGGCCGUUCCUCAGUUGCUUCCUCCUCUUCCAGCGAGGCCUGCUCCUGUGCAACCUCUGCCUGCAGUUCAACCAGCUCCUGGGUGGUCAGCUCGUGGUCGUGCUCCUCCACCAGCUCGCUGACGUCCUCCUCUGUGACCUCCAGGCCCAUGGUCCUCCCCAAGGCAACAAUGUCCUGCACCACUGUUGACUCUGGUGCAUCAGAGUCACUUGGUGCCACACAGUCCGGCCACAGGCUGCGCCAAGCGCAAUUCAAAUUUCUCUGACUGAUCCCGUUCCAGGCCGUGGUGAUCAUCUUCAAGCAGGUGACGAUGUCGAAGUGGUCCUUCCAGAAUUCCCGCAGGGUGAUGGUGGUGCAAUCAGUCACCUCGAAGCAUCGCCUGAAAAGCUCCUUGGUGUAGAGUUUUUUUGAAAUUGGCGAUGACCUGCUGAUCCAUCGGCUGGAGCAGUGGCGUGGUGUUAGGCGGCAGGAACAUGAUGUUGAUGAAGCUGAACUCCUCCAACAAGUCCACCUCAGGGCCUUUAGGAUGAGCAGGAGCAUUGUCCAUCAGAAGCAAAGCCUUCAGCGGCAGGUCGUUGUCCAGCAGGUACUGUUUGACAGCAGGGCCAAAAGCAAGAUUGACCCAGUCCACAAACAGCACACGUGUGACCCAAGCCUUGCUGUUGGAUCGCCACAUGACACUCAGCCGCUCCUUGUCGACCUUGUGUUUCUUGAAGGCCCGUGGGUUCUCCGAGUGGUACACCAGCAGGGGCUUGAUCUUCAGGUCGCCGCUUGCGUUGGCACAGAAGAGCAGGGUCAGGCGGUCCUUCAUGGGCUUGUGGUCAGGCAACUUGGCCUCCUCCUGUGUGAUGAAAGUCCUUUUGGGCAUCCUCUUCCAAAACAGCCCGGUCUCGUCGCAGUUGAAGACCUGCUUUGGAACGUAGCCCUCCGUCUUCACAACCUCCAGGAACUCCAAGGCAAAGUCUUCAGCCACAGGAACAUCAGAACUGGCAGCCUCUCCAUGCCUGACCACGCUGUGGAUUCCAGAUCUUGCCUUGAACCGGUCAAACCAGCCUCUGCUUGCCUUGAAGACUUCUGGCUCGCCUGAGGUUCCUGGCUGUUCCCGGAUGAGGUCUGCGUGCAAGGCCUUGGCCUUCUCACAAAUGACGGCCUCAGUCACUGUGUCCCCUGCACGCUGCUUCUCUUCUAACCAGAUGAGCAGCAACUUCUCGACCUCCUCCAGAACAGCUGGGCGGUUCUUCACAAUCCUGGUGACUCCCUUGGCUGCAUCAGUCGCAAGGAUCUUCUCCCUCAUCUUCAGGAUGGUCCCGAUGGUCGAUGGGUUCCUGCCGUACUCCCUGGCGAGGUCCGUCACACGCAUUCCACCGUCGUGCUUCCAGAUGAUCUCCUUCUUCAUUUCCAGCGUCACCUUCUCCUUCUUCCUCUCGCCGGCCUCCACAGCAGCAGCAGUCUUCUUGGGUCCCAUGGCAGCACAGCUCUUACCUUCGUAAACUCAGAAAAAAAAUAAAAAAAUCAGCAAUUCAAACCCAGAACCAAGUCCUUGAAUUCCAAACACCCAACCCAAAAUAAAAAAACCCCCCAAAAAGUUUUAAAAGUUUAACUUACGAAAUGGCUGCAAAUCACCAAAGUCUUCAAAAUCCUCAAAUGGCUGCAAAAGAAGUUUUGGGAAAGCUUUAAAAAUCACCAAAGUCUUCAAAAACCUCAACUGUUCCCCCAUCCCCUCCCCAACUGUUGCAAACCCCUCCUCAACUGCACACAGAAAUUCAAACCCAGAAUUUUUUUUCAAAAAACAACAACAUGGCCCAAUGGUCACAGAAAACCAUAAAAAUUUAAAAAAAAAACCACACAAGCUCCCAUAUUCUUGCAAACCCCUCCCCAGCUGUUCCCCCAGCCACCCAGCACACAGAAAUUCAAACCCAGAAUUUUUUUCAAAAAAAAACCAACAUGGCCCAAUGGUCACAGAAAACCAUAAAAAUUCAAAAAAAAACACACAAGCUCCCAGAUUCUUGCAAACCCCUCCCCAGCUGUUCCCCCAGCCACCCAGCACACAGAAAUUCAAAACCCAGAAUUUUUUUGAAAAAAAAUCCAAGAUGGCCCAAUGGUCACAGAAAACCAUAAAAAUUCAAAAAAAACCACACAAGCUCCCAGAUUCUUGCAAACCCCUCCCCAGCUGUUCCCCCAGCCACCCAGCACACAGAAAUUCAAACCCAGAAUUUUUUUCAAAAAAAACCAACAUGGCCCAAUGGUCACAGAAAACCAUAAAAAUUCAAAAAAACCCACACAAGCUCCCAGAUUCUUGCAAACCCCUCCCCAGCUGUUCCCCCAGCCACCCAGCACACAGAAAUUCAAACCCAGAAUUUUUUUCAAAAAACAACAACAUGGCCCAAUGGUCACAGAAAACCAUAAAAAUUCAAAAAAACCCACACAAGCUCCCAGAUUCUUGCAAACCCCUCCCCAGCUGUUCCCCCAGCCACCCAGCACACAGAAAUUCAAAACCCAGAAAAUUUUUUCAAAAAAAAAAACCCAACAUGACCCAAUGGUCACAGAAAACCAUAAAAAUUCAAAAAAAACCACACAAGCUCCCAGAUUCUUGCAAACCCCUCCCCAGCUGUUCCCCCAGCCACCCAGCACACAGAAAUUCAAAACCCAGAAUUUUUUUUUUAAAAAAACCAACAUGGCCCAAUGGUCACAGAAAAUCAGAAAAAUGCAGAAAAAACCACACAAGCUCCCAGAUUCUUGCAAACCCCUCCUCAACUGUUCCCUCAUCCACCCAGCACACAGAAAUUCAAACCCAGAUUUUUUUUUUCAAAAAAAAAAAAAUGGUCCAAUGGUCACAGAAAAUCAUAAAAAUGCAGAAAAAAACCACACAAGCUCCCAGAUUCUUGCAAACCUCUCCCCAACACCAAGUCCUUGAAUUCUAAACACCCCAACCCAAAAUCCAAAAACCCCAAAAAGUUUUAAAAGUUUAACUUACCAAACAGCUGCAAAAGAAGUUUUGGAAAAGCUUCAAAAAUUCAGCAAACUCUUUAAAAAGCUCAAAAAGGCCACCACACCACGUGCAAUGUGUUGCUCCUUGAAGUCAAGUCGCAACUGCACCUCUUCCAGCAAUGCACCCUGGGUAUUAACGGUUUUACGAAAAAGGAAACAAACUUGCAAGACGUUUUCGUCUUGCGAAGCAAGCCCAUAGGGAAAUUCGUCUUGCGAAGCAACUCGAAAACGAAAAAACCUUUCGUCUUGCGAGUUUUUCGUCUUGCGAGGCGUUCGUCUUGCGGGGCACCACUGUACCUACAUACCAGAUUCUGUUAAGGCCUGUGGAGAUAUGAAAAUGCUUGCCUAAUAUCAAUGGGCAUGGAGUUCCAGAGAGUAGGUGCUGCCACACUAAAAUAUCAGUUCCUUACAAGUGUGGAAUACUUUUUAAAGUGCCAGUUCCACAGAUCAACGGAGUCAAUGGGUAUAUAUGGAUAAGAUGAUACUUGAAGUAAUCUGGUCCAGAGCUGUUAAAGACUUUAUAUGCUAAUAGGAACACCUUAAAUUUGGCCCAGUAAUGAAUCAGCAGCUAGCCCAGGUCUUGAAAGCCACAAAGAUUGUAUCUAAAGCCUCCAACAGAGAAGCAGGAACACGGCUGCAGUACCAUUCUCUUGCUCUUAGAAAGGGGUGUUUAUCAUGGUGACUAAGAUUGGCUUAGUCUCAGGGCUGGGCCUGAACGCAGAGUAAAAUAUGUAGAGAAAAUAUUUUAAUUAUUCAGGUGUGAACAAUAAAUAUCUGUUGAAAGCCACAGAUUGCAGUAGCACCUGCUGAUGGAAACUGCUACUUCACUUUGUAAUUCCCUGUACAGUUUUGUUAGAGCGUAUGUCCUAUUUCAUAUAGAGAUGGUGUUAUUGCUGAAAAGUGCUUCACAGAAGUUUCAUAAGAAAAUAAGAAGGGCCCUGUUGGAUCAGAUCAAAGCUUUAUCUGGUUUAUCUGACCCUUUCCCACAGUGACCAGUCAGAUGGUUUUUGGAAGCCCACAAGCAGGACUUGGAGGGCAGUAGUUCUUUUUUGCUGUUCCCCAAUGACUUCUUAAAAGAGGCAUAAGAAUUUUGGUCCUGGGGUGGUAUACAGCUCUCAUGACUAGCUUUCACUGAUAGAUUUAUCCUUCAUUAAUUUGUCUAAUCCCCUUGUAAAGCCAUCAGAGUUGGUGGCCACAUUUGUGAAAGUGAAUGCCAUAGUUUGAGUACGUUCUGUGCACUGCAGCUGUUAUAACGUGUAUGGGCUCAGUAUCUGAGAAAUCUCCAUACGCAUACCACGUUAUCUUUGGAUCCAUGCUGCUUUCGUUGAGAUACUGAGGUCAGUUCCUUUCAGACAGUUUGGCACCCACAUAGAGACCUGGCUGCAUGAAAGCAGUUUUAGCAGUAAUCUUGCCACUGAUUCACAGAUAAAGCAGAUGGAGGAGAUACAAAAUAGACAAACAUGCAUUUUUAUUGGUCCAGUGUAAAUGUUUUCAGUAUGGGAAAAUAUUGUUUGAUUAUACAGUUUAGUUAAGAUGAAAUAAGUAAUUGUGAUUAGUAACUCUAAUCUGCUUUUUUACAAUAAAGUAAAAAAAAUUAAGAGUGUUUAUUUUUACGUGUAGACAAUCCAAGUUGGACUUGAGAACAGCAGCUGCUAAGGUUGAUGAAAUGACCAGACUGAUUGAGAAUCUUCAGGCCCAGGUAGAUAGAAAGGUAUGUCAUGCUACUUCUGAUUUCAAACACAAGGCAUUAAUCAGACUUUGGUUGGUUGGCUCCUCUUUUUAAAAAAAUCCAAUAGAAGCUCUGAUAAUAACUUCUGAAUGACUUCUGUGGCUUCCAGGAAGAAGAGGUGCUUGCUGCUCAGGAAAGAGAGGAAGCAUCAGACAAACGCUUGCAUCAGUUGCAAUCUAGUGUAAAAGAACUGGAGAAAAGGUAGAACAUUAAUUGAUAUAAGGAGUGUGUUUUUGUUUGAUUCUCUGGCACCAUAAGGAGGAGCAUUGAGAAAUUCAAAUUCUUUUUGUUGUUGUUGCUUAAGCCAUUACAGAUAUGUUCUUUCAUCGAAUAUAGCUUAUUAGACUUAUAACUAGGCUUGUUACUAACUGGACUUUUCUAUGUAUUGGAUAUAAAAGUACACUUCCAUUGGUAUACGGCGUCUUCUUCUCACUCCUUCUCCUUUCCUAACCAGUGCCUUCUGGUGUUCUGGACUUCAAUUUCUAUCAUCCCUCACUGUUGACGGGCUGAUGGGAGAUGUAGUCCAAAACAACUGGGAGGCCACAAAAUUGAGGAAGGCUGUGUGUGAGUAUUAGAGUAGGUAAUAUAAAACUACAUCCAAAGAUAUUCUUGCAAACGUUUGGGAACUGCUGUAGAACAUGCUUCUUAACAUGCAUGGACACCUGUGAUUAUUUUCCUUCCAUUCCUUGGUGGCAAGUGUAUGUUUGAACAUUGCCUCUGAAGUUAAUCUCUGUUUCUACUUGAUGCGUUAAAGAGAGGUAUUGGAAAGGUUUAAGCUAUAUUGCAAAAACUAUAGAUCCAAUCCACAAAUUCAUGCAUACCUGCCAACCAGAUUGCUGGUUCUGUUGAAUUUGACAGAAACUCACCACCAGUUGCUAAAGGAGAAGAUGGCAUUGCUCCAGUCCAUACUGAAAGAGGCAAUCAAUGUUAAAUCCUGAUCCAGUCUAGAAAGUUCACUAUGCAUGCACCCCUGGUUGCUAAAUGCAAGAUUUUAUACCAGGUAUUAUCUUUUUGCAUGCACUGAUUGUAUCCACAAAGCAAUCCACAUGCUAAAUUUUAAUUUUUAAUCUGAUGCUUGUCACUGUAGGGGAGUGUUAAGCUGGUGUUGUGGGUGUGUUUCUAGGCACGCUUACGUGGAAAUAAGUUGAAUUUAAAUCAAGAGAAUAGUUUUUAAUCCUAGAGCAACAUAAUACAGAUCUUGGGAGGUCAUUCUUAAUAGUUUCUUAGAGCUUUGUCCUUCAUUUUUUUUGUUGUUGCCAUCUCUUAGCUGGCUCCAUCAUACAAGUUGACAAAUUGCUUUUUCCAUUUGAAUGUGUGAAAAGGGUUUAUGUGCUGAAAAUUACUGUCAAUAAAAGCAGAAUGAUCUUAAUAAGUGCAUCUCCAUGUACAGGCUUGGGUCCUCAGGAGUGGGACCAAUUUAUACCAGGCACUGAGUGUUAGGUUUGGAAUAUCAUCCAUUUAGAAUUGAGUAGUAUGCUUAUUAGUGAGUUGGUGGAACUCCUGAAUAAAGCCUUUCUUACAUUAUAUAUAAGACACCACAGGAAGCUUGGUGUUAAGUCUUAAUUCAGGUAACCUUCCAAACCACCAGAAAAGAACCUCUAGGCCAUAGUUUGGAGGAUUAUUUGAAAUGAGUUCAAAUUAACAAAUGAUUGUAUGUGAUCAGUGAGCAAACCAGAAUACAAAACCACAACUGGGAUGUGCAUCAAAAUGUUGUAAUUUGGAGUACUCCCAUUUCCAGGAUACUCUGUUCUAUUCUCUCUCCCAUCCUAAGUUUCUGGAUUCCCUGCCCCAUCUCCCAAGUCAGUCAGAAUUCUGUGGCCACUAAAGGGUAAAGGGCCCCUGGAUGGUUAAGUCCAGUCAAAAGUGGCUAUGGGGUGCGACACUCAUCUUGCUUUCAGACCAAGGGAGCCAGUGUUUGUCCAUAGACAGCUUUCUUCGACUUGUUGAUCCUUUGAAAGAAUUAUCAAGGGCAGUUCCACAUGGUGUCAUAGCAAUAGUUAAGGUUGCACAGAUGUAAAUAUCAGUCAUGAGAUCUGAAUCUGAAAGAGCUUGUCACUUUGCCAGGAAAAAUUGUUGAACUUCUGAAAACUAACCUUCAGAAUCACUUCAAGAUAGUGAAAUGUGGCAAACCUUGUCCUCUCUAGAUUACAAGAGCUGACAAUUGAAUGUAGUUUCAAUCCUAGAUUUAGCUUCAAUCAGUUAAGUGGUCCUUGUUCUGAUAUGCAGGCUUUGUGUAGCUGCCGAAGAUUUAAAAGAGCUAAGAACAGAAAAAACAAACCUAGAAAAACAAAUCCAAGAGCUGACUGUGAAGUGCACUGUUAUAGAAAGGGAGAAGAAUGAUGCUAUGGAAGAAGCUUGUAAGAACAUCCAACUCUUAGAAGAAGCUAAUCUGCAAAAGAGUCAGGUAAACAAAGCACCAAGGGACCAAUUCUGCAUAUCUGAAUAUUCACUCUGGUUCUUUUUCUGAAAUAGCUGGAAUAAUCCAGAACAUGAGUGAGAGGUUACAAUUUUGAACAGCCUCUUCAAAAAGGGGCCUUCUUAAAGCCACCUCACACGUUCAAUUAUGUCUGAAUAAUGUAAGUAUUUCUGACCAGUAGUUGCACACUUUAAGCAUUAUAAUGCAAAUUGUGUCUUGUGUAAUACUAUCAUUUUUUACAGUCUUCAUCAUGCACUUUCAGGAAAAGUGACUUCCACCAGACACAGUACACAUUUCAGAAGUGCCUGAAUUCUCUUGGAGCAAUGGUCUUACUUGAACAUUAAAUAAAACUUGGGAUGUUUCAUUGGGGCUCCCAUUUUAGGGAUCAUCCUUUGGGUCAUGUAUUUUAAGCCUGUGACAUCACAUAGUUAGCAUUUUAAAAAUUUGAAUCUUAGGGCAUAUAUGUUUGCCACUAAGGCAGUUCAGGUAGCAUAAUCUGUAUAAAGCUAGUGUAAUUUUUUCUGUCAAUUCUGAACCAUCUUGCUAGUAUGAUGUACAGUAGUAAAUAGAACUCUAAAGUGUAGCACUCUAGAGACAAACAACUUUUAAAUAUAGCCUGUAAUACUCUUUUUUUAAAAAUAGAUUUUUUAAAGUCCAUUUCAUUUUGGGAGGGAAACCAAUUUCUUAUAACUUUGAAGUACUAUACUUGUAUUUUGACAAUAAAAGCCAAACAUAAUGUUCUCUGACAUGGAAAAGGGGGGUGAUCCAGUCUGUCCUCUGCAUGCAAGAGGAAGGCUACCAGAAGAAGGGAGCUGUCAAUGGGAGAAUUAUGCACAAAGAAAGGGCAUGGAGGACAAGGGGAAAAUGUGAUGAAGAACUGGAUCAUAUACAUAUUGCUAUUGUGCUCCACCAAUGGAAGGAAGGACUUUUAGAUUGGAUCUCUCAGCUAUGGGAAUGUUAAAAUGAAAGGUCUCUUGAGAAUGCAGUUGUUUAAACUCAGAAGAAGGUUGGUUGAGAAACAGAUACUGUAUCUAGAUUCUAGAUUCUGGUAGGUAGCUGUGUUGGUCUGAUGCAGUUGAAAUAUAUAAAAAAAUUGUCCAGUAGCACCUUAGAGACCAACUAUGUUCUGCACAUGAAAGCUUAUACCCAGAACAUACUUAGUUGCUCUCUAAGCUGCUACUGGACAAUUUUUUAAGAUGUCUACAUCUUAAAAAAGAGUGGAACUCUCUCUUUGUGUUGUCACUAUAUGAGAAAUCCAAAAGUUAGCUCAUGGUGUAAAAAAUCCAUAGUAUACAGUUAACUUAGGAGUGACACACAAGUAGAAAUAUGAAAUUAUAUAUAUAUAUGAAAUUGGAAAAGUGCAUUUUAGAGUUCGUUAGUUUUCUGUUCACUAGAACACCAUGGUCUUGCAACUGUUUAAUUUUUUGAAUUGUUACCUGGUUGUCCUCAACAGGAAUACACUUAGUUUUUUAAGGACUAUUCAUUUUGUUUCCCAUUUAGGCAAUGAUAUGUGCAAAACAAAAAGAAGAGGAGAUUGAAAAUAUGAAGGAAGCAUUUUCUCAUCUGCUUCAAGAUGCUGCUUCAAGUACUAGAAAGGAAGUGAGUUGUGCUUAAAACUUUAUUUAUUGGAGAAAACAUUUAUAGAAAGUUUUCCAUAUAAAACAGCAAAUCAAUUAACGGGAAUAAUUUAUUUAAUUAAAUUUAAUUUAUAUGCCAUCCUUCAUCUGAGGAUCACAUAGCAUUUUUAAAAAAUACAUAGCAUAACAACAAACAAAACAAUAACCCUCCCCAAAACAGUAAUCAAUACAAUAAAACAACAAAAGACAAACAAUAAAAUGCUAAAAUACACAAAUAAUAUGUCCGGAAUUUCAAACAAACCCAGUACUCAAAAUCAGUGCUCAGACAUACCCCCACAAAUUGGUGUGUUGUAACCAAACAGUGGAACAUCAAUACUCCAGGUGGCUGCCUGCAGUAAUCUCUAGGGGAAUGUUGUUCCAUGUCAUGCGGGCAAGUGCAGAGGAUUUUCCUUGAGUUGGCAGUAAAUAGGUGGGAGUGUGCAAAAGGAGAUUUGCUCUCAAAUAGAAUGGACCCAAGCUGUUCAGGGCCUAUCUUGCAUGUUAAUUGUGAUAUAUUUUAUCUUCUCUGGAUGUUUUAUUAACUGUAUUGUUCUAGCUUGUUUAUUUAUAUUUAUGUUAUUGUAAUCAGGCCAGGGAUCAAUUGACAAAAUGAGCAAGCAGCAAUUUAAUUAAAUUUAAUUUAAUUCUUCUUGUUUAUUCUAAUGGUGCAUUGUAUGACUGGAAAAACUAACCAUUGCAUACUAAACAAUACAAAUAUAUAUAUAUAUUUUAAAAGGUAGAAAAUGAAAAGAAAAGGUGCAAUAUUCAGAUAUCCCGAUUAGCAGAAGAAAUUGAUGCACUCCAGAAGGUAUGUCUUAGGUUGUACUGGAAUUGCUUGUUCUUUGUCUUUAAGUUUUUUUGGGGGAAACGUAAAUUGUAUCAUGAAUUCAAUCUUUCUGCUGUGUCAUGUACAUUGGGAGAAGGAAAAUUCUAAAAGCAAAAUUCAGCCACAGUUGUGCAUAGCAUAUGUCCCAUGGAUUUCAUCAAUAGUGAUGGGAAAGCAGCUCAGAUCCCACUGAAAUAAAUUAAGCUUAAAAGUGCUUUUGUUUUUAACUGGAUUGCUGUCAAAUUAUUAUUAAAAUGAAGCAUCAGAGUCUUCAUUAAAAAAAUUCAGCAAUGGCUGUUCCUGGGUGGUAGUAGUUGAUCACCAUUCAUCCUUUUGUUUCUGAAUCUGACUAAAUGGUGCAGAACUUUUAUCUUUUUCAAAAUGCUAGAACAAGUCUUAAAGUCUCAACAAUAUUUGAGGAUUUUGGUGUAUUCUUAUCAAAGUACUACAUAUGUGAACAUUUUAUUUUGUUAUCAAGUUUUCAUGCAAGCUCUCUUUAUUCACAUGGUAGUAAAGAUUUUUGAGGAAAAAGCUAAAAAUGAAGGUUCUCUCUGCUCAUCAGAGCUUCUGCUUGUGCUUUUGAGGAGGUUCAGCAGAAGAUGAAAAAGAUAAAAGGAGUGUUGUUUGUGGCGGGGGCAGAGAAACUGUAUCUGUACUUGGAUGCAAGGUCAUGUUAAAAUAUAGGUGUCUCCCCGACUGGGGAUUCUGAGGUAAACAGGGAUUAGGGGUUCAGCAGGGGAACACGACAGAAAGAGUCAUUUAAGGGAUAAAAAGAGAUAAAGGAGUGAGGGAAAAUGCUUAAUUCUCCCUUUGCCCCCAUCCUCCCUCCAACUUUGCAAUUUUUUGUGGAAUAUCCCCCCAUCCCUUUCAAUUUUUUUGUUCUAGCAUUGUAUUUUUAUUUUGCUUAUUUUCUUACCUACUUAGCUACAUUACAUUACAUUACAUUAGUAUGACACCUGAUAAUAAAGUAUUCUCUAGAUUGCUUCUAGUAAACCAUAAAAAAAUAAAGCCAACAGGAAAAGAUGAAACCAUUAUAAUAAAAACUUACAACAGCAGUUCUCACAUAUUUUAAAGUGUUCCAGAAUAUCAUAUAGGUACAUGCUCACUAGACUGCUUCAGUCUGUGGAACUGGCACUUUUACAGUGCCAUAUAACAUUCUUUCCACACUUGCAAGGAAUUAAUCCUUUGACAUGGCAACCCCUGCACUUUGGAACUCCCUGCCCAUUGAUAUUAUACAGGAGUGGUGGUUAUUAAUGGUCAAAGUUUCAGAUGAAGAGCAAUGGAAAUGAAGGAAGCAUUUUAAAGUUGUACAUAUACAAUAGACAAUGUAGCUUACUCUUUCAAUCUACAAAUAUAAGAAAUGCAAAAAAUAAACUUUUCAUAAUUUGUGAAAGCAGUCUUGUGCACCUGUCAUUCUUCUCUGCAAGGGGUUAUAUGCAAGUAUGUUAUAUGGCAUACUUACAUUUUAAAAAGGGAAAUCAUUGAGGAUGUCAAAAUACUACACUGUGAUUGUGGUUCUGAACUCUUCCUUCCUCUUUUGGAAGCAAUGAUACGUUGUGAGUUCCAAUCAUGACUUUCUGAGUGUGUGUUAGAGAAAACAAAACCAUGUGUAUAAUCAAUUAUAUGACAAGCUACUUCUAUGUUAAUUUGCUACAAGUGCUAUAAAUAUUUCAAAAACUAUUGUCCCAACAGAACAACCUGAUUAAACUACUAGUAUAUAUAUGUGACUUGUUUUAUAGGUUGAGAAAAUGCAAGCCAGAGAAGACUUAAAGGAAGCUUAAAAUGAGUGAUGUUUGUGCUUACUUCACAUACCAGGUGCUAGAUGACUCAACCCUGGCAUUGUUUGCCAAGUAGAGUUACACUUGCAUAUGGUUUGCUCCUUUUUCUCCCUAAUACUUGCCUUUUGCUUCUUUGGUAGGAAUGUGAAGAGAAGCAGAUCCAAAUUGAGCGGAGUGCUAGAGAAAGGCAAACUGUGGAAGAAGAGCUAGAGAAGGUGAAAAACUGUUACCAUAGUAGUUCUCAUGUAUUAGUAUGUACUAUGAUUAUCUGUAUGCCAAUACCUAAGAUUAUACGUCUUGAAAAUUCUAAUAUUUGCAUGUGGGAUACAAUAGACAGAGGACAAAACAUUGGAACCUUUUUGAGGUAAAUACGAAGUUAUUGUUGAGGUAGGAAUGUCUAGUCUGCUGCAUCUACAUUGGCUGACCCAUAGCAUAGUUCUUUGGUUAGUUUAUAAAGAUAUAGGUCAGCUGUCCCUGGAGAUAAUAAGUUAAUGUGUAGGCCAUUGUCUGUCAGAAAAGGAUUCUCCAGAUAUCCCUGAGAAAUUGGGAGGAGUUGUAAGUUGUGCCAGUCCAGUGAUUGGAAACAGAUUUUCUCCAGAAUUUGGAUUGUUUUAUGUGGCUUGAUGUUAUGAGGCUGCACAAUAUAGAAUGUGUAUCUCAAGAAUGCAGAGCAAAUUUGAUCAAGGUUUCAUCAUGGAAUUUAUUGUGUGCCUGGAAUGCGUAACAGAAUUAGGGAAUAUAAUUGGUAGGAGUAAAGUACAACAAGAAUGCAUUCUGUAGAGAAUACAGAACAUGUGUCUUAGUAUCAAGCAUUAUCCCUGCCCCCAGUUACUUUCUUGCUUAUGUUGGAUUUCAUUUGAACUGCAGAAAUGUUCAGGGCACUGUUCUGUAUUGGGGAAGUGAGUUAGAUCCAUGGAAAUAAGUGUUGAGAUUCAGUCAUGAUGAACCAUGGUUUAAAAUGACAGCAUCAAGCCAUAGCAAGCUCUGGGCUCCUGCUUCUUCGUUUCUGUUCUUCUGGCAUUUCUAUUGGGAUAUCAGAACCAUGCACAUCUGUUGUUUAUAAGAAAUAGUUUCAUUUCGUCCAUAUACUACAAACUGUGAAGAAUCAUAACUGUGAUUUGUUAAUCUAAACAACUUGAAAUCAUGGGUUAAGAAGCUGAUUUGUUUUCAGAAACAAUAUUUAAGUUUCAUUACAGAUUAGAGUCUACUUUAGAAAUGUGGUUAGUCGAUAAUGGAAGUGAAAACUUACCUCCUUCUCAAAGUGGAGGAGGAAAGGGAAGGGUGGAAUGCAUAGAGGCUUAAUAUGGCUCAUUCCCAUCAUGAUAAACCAUGUUUUAUGAUGUCUGAACUGGCCCAUCAUCAUAGAAUCCUUACAACAACCCAGAGCACAAUCCUUACCCUAUGUAUCUGAAGUAAGCCCCAUUGAGUUCAAUAAGAAUUGCUCCACUUAAGUGUUGUUGCUUUAGUAUGUUAUAUUAUUCCUAUAUCUCAGAUACAGAGUGGGGUGCUGGGGCUUAGAAAUUGUGAAUUCAAGGCAGAGCUCAGUUUUGAAUUGGGAACGUUCAACCCCACAUUAGCCUCAGCAGUAUACCAUCACUUGGAAACUCAGACUAGAGUUGAUGAGCAAAUAGAUGAGAUACCAGUACCUUUUAUAUGUCAUUACUCAUAGUAAAACAACAGUUCCAUGAACCAUCCAGUGACAGUAUCCUUUGUUGAACUAAAAACCCAAUGAAAUGGUGAAAAAAGUAUUGAAGAAUUAGAAGAUGGGUGUAAUCUGUUACGAAAAAUCACUUUUAUCCAAGCUCUGUUUUUCUUGCUGCAACUUUCAUAAAGCAUUUUUAAGAUUAACUUAACAGUGAAUUACAAAAAUAAAAAUGACAACAGUCCAGAGGGCAGUGAAUGAAAGAAAAAUGCCACAUGAAUUUCCAUGUGCAAGGCCUAAGUGCAAGAUUUAGCUAUGUGAUAUAAGAUUUCUAUAUGCAGAGCAGAUUCCAUGGAUUCAUCAUCCUGUUUCUUGCAAUAAGCUGUUUCUGUAAGGAAACUAAUUACUCUGACCACAGAAGCUGUUUUCUGUGAAAGAGCAUUUCUCUAUAAUUUGUCUUCUAGAAAAACCCCAUUUAAAAGACUAGGUGAAAAAUGCAACUAAACUUAAAGGAGUAUGAGCCAAAAAUUAUUCAGAUUGCUGAGAUGAGGGUUACAGGUAAGCAGUUCACACAAUUUAUUUAAAGUCUGUUAUGCUGCCUUUCUGCUGUACAGUAGUAUUCAAGGCAGAUCACAAGAAGGUAAAAUCCACUUUAACAAAAAUAUAAUUCCAGGAGAGAGAGGGAAGCAGGAAACCACCUCAGUCUGUUCCAGCUGAGGUAUCUACUCCCCACCACGUCGUACCACCAGCUUCCCUGGGCAAAGGAUCCUCAUGCCUUUCAGUAAUAAUAAAAACAAUAAUACCCUGCCCAAUCUGGCUGGCUUUCCCCAGCCAAUAUAUAAUAUAUAUAUUGUAUAUUGAUAUUUGCUGAAGAGCUUUAUUUGUUUUAAAGUUUCUUGUAAGCCACCUUACAAGGAUUUGUAUCCUAAAAGGUGGAAUAUAAUAAAUUGUAAGAAAUAAAUAUCAGUACAAAACCAACAGCAGCAAAUAAUGGGCUAAAAAUGGGCUAAAAGCAAUCAAAAGCAGCAAAAGCAGUUCACAUAUCCUAACUGAGUCAACCAUACUAAUAAUUAUAAUAAAAUUAAUACAUUAAAUAGUCUAUGAAAAGCUUGGGUAAAGUACAGUGGCACCUCGGGUUAAGUACUUAAUUCGUUCCGGAGGUCCGUUCUUAACUGAAAUUGUUCUUAACCUGAAGCACCACUUUAGCUAAUGGGGCCUCCCGCUGCCGCUGCACCGCCAGAGCACGAUUUCUGUUCUCAUCCUGAAGCAAAGUUCUUAAUCCGAGGUACUAUUUCUGGGUUAGCGGAGUCUAUAACCUGAAGCAUAUGUAACUUGAAGCGUAUGUAACCCGAGGUACCACUGUAAUCCUCUUGUCUGAAGCCAGAAAGAUAACAAAAUAGGUAUUGGGAUGAUUUCCAUUGGAAAAGGAUAGUCGUUUGUAGAAAUGAAAUUCCAUUAUCUUGAAAUUUAAACUAUGAACUAUAAAGUGGUUGAUUGUGUAACACCAGUGGCGUGGUUGUUGUUACAAGGGUCUAUCUGAAUUUUCUUUUUUAAACACUUCAAUCAGGUGUACCGUGAAGGUAGAGGAAAUGAAGGUGAUUCUAGAAAACUAGAAGAGCUUUACCAAAGGUGUCUCAUUGCUGAACUAGCCAAAGAUGAUUUGCAACGAAGUCUACAAACAGCACAAAACAAAAUUAAGCAACUUGAAAUGAAGUAAGUAAUCACUAUUUACUUAUAAACAAGUACUGACGUUCAUUCAGUAAUACUUCACUGGAAAGUCCCUUGAAUUGAAACUUUUGUCAUUUGUUUUUAUAUCCAUUGUCCAUGUUUUCAUGUUAUGGUAAACCCUGGUUUAACAUCACAUGCACAAGCAUGAAUGAGCUGCUGGGAAUCUUGGGGUUGCAUGCUCUACCCUUUCUCUCAGGCAGCCAGGAAGAGGAUUUUGGCACAAUUUCACUUUCCAUGAAACCUGGCUUAUCAUGUGCAAACAAGAAUUUGUGGUUUCAAGAAAGUUUUGGCCAGUUUCUAAACAAACCAGCUGCAAACCAUGGGUUAUGAAACUGAACUAGAGUUCAUUUUAAACUAUGAUCUCUGUCUCAUGCAUAACAAGUCAGGUUUUGUGGAAAGUGCAACUAAUCUCUGUCAUACUGGAGGGGAAGAAGGAAGAGCAGAAACUUAGAUAGGGUUGCCAUAUCUUGAAGAGCAAAAAAGAGGACAGCCUGAGCCAUGGAAAUAAGCACACAGGACCGCCACCGCAGCUCCCAUGCAUCUCUUUCCCCAACUUGGGCUGGCAGUGACUGGAGCAUACAGAGCAGUCUAAGCCCCAAAACCCAGAUAUUUCCUUUAAAAUGUAAAAAUCCGCACAGAUGGGCAUGUUGGCCCCCGCAAAAGGACAGGUCUGGGUUUUCCCGGACGUAUGGCCACCCUAAGAAACAUGAUGCUCACAUUGAUUUCUUCCUGCUCAUCAGUGCCAGAUUUACAUACAGGCUGAGCAGACUGCAGCCCAGGGUCUCAUAAUCUGUGGGCACUCAGCCUCUUUCCAAUUUUUAAAAUAAAAACAGAUUUUACUAUCUAGGCCCAGUUGCUUAGUAACAUGAAACACGUAACUUAUGAGUCUGACUGUAUAACAGUUACACAAGUGCGUACUUAUUGUUAGUAAAGUUCAUGGAGGCAUUAAAGUCAGCUAUGAAACAAUAUAAGAGUUCAGAUCACUACCUAUCAUUAUAGCGUGUGCUUUUUGAACAAGUAAGGAUUCUUUUAAUUUUGACUUUUUCUGAAAACGAUAAUGAGUAUGCAAUAUAAAAGUGGUGCUAGUAAAUGAAAGCAACAAAAGGAAAUACUCAAAAGUUUGAAGCCAGUCAUGUUGUAUGGCUUCAUACAGCAGGUAGAACCAGCCGUGUAUAAUCUGUCAGAAACAGAAGCCUUAGAUAAACUUUCUCCAAGACACAAAUUUAAGGAAAUACAUAUAUCGCUGUCAUGGAUGCUGUUGAAGCCAACCUAUUUCUGGCCACACAGAACCUGCCACGUUGUGUAUGUACAAGUGUUGAAUGCUUAUAAGAAGAGUACAUUUCGCUUAGAAUGUUAUUGCUGCUGACAGCAUCAUGCUUCAGAUCAGCUAGGAAGGAAGGAAUUGCAAAGCAUUUCCCCCCAUUGCAACUGAAUAGAAAAGAGUCACAUUGUUACAGGGGUUUCACUAUAACUUAGGCUCUGUGAGGGAGGCCCUGCAGCACUGUGACUAUAGAAAACAGAAGGUCCUCCUUUUACUUGUAACUUGGUAAAGGCUUUUUUCAGGGUAAUAUAUUCAUAUCCCUUAGGCUAGGCUUGAAGCUAACUAGGAUAACUUUUGCUGUAGCUGCAAAACUGCAGGAAUAAUUUUAUUAGCCUACACAGUUUGAGUUUCUUCUACUAAUAUCAAGUUUAAUCAAAUUAUCCUCCCUAUAUCAUAGCACAGUACAUCCAUUCAAAAAAUACUAUCACUUACUGUAAUAGCAUUCAAAAAACACAUCACAGUGAAGAUGAAACGGCUCAUAUUUAAAAUAGUACACCAUGAAGUUCAAUACCCUCCCAUAGUCUUCUGAAAUGUUAUGAAGCUAAAUAAUGUGCAGUGCAACCCUCUGAAUGUUUACACAGAAGUAAGUCAUACUGUGCUCAGUGGGAGUUAUUCCCAGGAAAGUGUCUCUAAGACUGCAGCUUUAAAGCAAUAUUUGAACCAAUAUUGGAGCAGGUGAUUUCCAGAAGAAGGGGGCUGAAAUGGAAGAGACACUCAUUGCUGUUGCCACCUUAUGAAACCUUGAAAGGUCAACACGAAUGAUCUCAGCUGUAUGCUUAUUUGGUGGAAAAGUUAUUCAUGUAACCUGCCCCAAAAUUGUCUAGCUGUGUUUCAUAUUUGCUCUCAUUCAAAGCCCUGAGAAUGUUUCAAGGCAUGUCCAGAGCUUCCCAUAUAACUGAAAUAGACAGGGAAGUCCUUCUAAGCAGAGAGGCUCCAUACCAAAAGAAAUGAAACUUAGUGGGGAAUACUUCGCUUUUUAGUUGUCAAGCCUUUUGAUCAUUCAAAUUCCACACUACUGAACAUUGUAUGUAUUAUGCAUUCACCUUAAUUAAUAUAUUAAUUUCUGUGCAUUCAUUUAACAUAUUUGUAUCCUACCUUUCCAUUCAAUAAUGGAUUACCAAGUAUUGUUUGUGAAUUUCUCUUCCCUUCCUCGACUUCAAGCUAUGAGGAACAGAGAAACAGCGGUCAGGAAAUGAUUUACAAGUUGCAAAGUAUUCUGGAAUCCGAAAGAAAGAACUGUGGCUCUGUCAGUGAAGAGCGCUUAAAACUCCAGCAAGAGAACGAGCAGUUUCAAAAAGAAAUGGAAGAAUUGAGAAAGCUGGCUGUGGAGGCACAACAAGCUGCAAAAUUAAAGGUACUUGCGUUUAUAUAGUAUUUUAUUUUUGACGUCACAUCUUUGAAGAUUCAAUGAAAGGAGAAAUCUGUGUACAAGGAAGCAGACAGGGUGUCAAAUUUCUCACGACAGCUCUAUCACCAUAGUUUAAUAUUCCUUAACUUUGUGUUCCAUUCGCUCCUUUGGUGUUUUUCAAAAUAUACUAAAAUUACCUUUCGCAAUUAUAAUAAUGUUUCUUAUCCACAUGUCAACCCAACUAUGUAAGAUAUGGACACAACUGAUUUUUCCAUUAAUGUUCCAGUGUCUGGAGGCAGUAGUUAGGAGGACUGGAUAACUACGUGCCACUUGGUUCUUUUCUCAAUCAAGUAAUUUUCUUUCAGACAGCAAAAACCUUUUAAAAAAUCAUACAUAAUGCAAACAGACUAACAUGUUAGUCUUCUUUUAUAACGAGAGAUAUACAGCCUAAAUGUCUAGAAAAUGCACAACACAAUAUAAUGCAAGGGGAUUUUUGGCCUAAAGCCUAUUGACAUCACUUUUAAAAAAGGGAUAAGGAGCAUUUUGUACAUGCAACUCUACCAACCUCAAUUUUGAUAUGAUUCAGAUCCACUAUUGCUUAUCCCUUUCAUUUUCUUCCUACUUCUCUUAUAUGCUGUGCUUGUAAGAGAAGAUUCCUGUUUUUUGUUUCUUAUCAUCUGCCUCUAAUUCCUUAACUUUCUCUUCCGUUUUCUCUUCUUUGCAGCGAAGUUACACAUAAACUUGUCUUCUUCCUUCCAUAGUUGGUUAUCGCCCUUCAGUUGCUCACUUUGGCACUUUACACGUGGAGUUCGCAUAAUAGUUGGCUGAACUAAUUAGCUGUUGUUGGAUGGAGACUUGGGGACAGCCUCAAGUUUUUGCUCUGAUACCUAAAAGAUAAAUCAGGGCUUCAUACAGAAUUUUUACUGCAGGGAUUCAAGCAUUCAGUGAUGAAAUGAGUAAAGGAUGAAAGAUCUGCAUACCUAGAAACAAUUAUUACUCAUCAUGGGUGAUCCAAGCGUGACAAUCUGCAUUCUCUUUUCAAUCAAAUUAGUUAUUCAUUCUGAAACGAAUUCUUUCAUCUUAUAUCCACAAUUAAAAGUCCAGUAAUCUUUUGCAGAUAGAUAUAGCCUGAUUGUCAGUAUAUGCACACACACAAACAAACGAACAAACUUCAGUCCUUUAGUCAAAAGACAAAAGCUACCGUAAACUAUUGUGAGGCUUUAAACUUAUUUUACUUUUUUUUUUUUUACUAUAGAUAAGCAUAAUGGAGAAUGAGCAUAUAAUAAAAGAGCAUGGGUCUGAAGUUCGUUUGAAAGAGAUGGAAGAUGUGCAUCGAAAGUCUACUGCUGAGCUGAGACGCCUCUUGAUAGCUCAACAGAAAGCAACAAACCGGUGGAAGGAGGAAACAAAGAAACUAACGGAAGCUACAGAAACCAGAAUAAAUAGUUUAAAGUAAGUAAUACAAUUUUGUUUGGCAUUUUUAACAAAUGCAGGCAGCUGGGAGUGGAUCUGCUGGGACCAUAAUUCAGACAGGAAAUAUAGAUGUGAUACUGUUCUUGUUUAGAUUUUAAUUAACAUUCCUCUGUUUUGUGAUUCUCCAGAAAUAAUAGUUGCCAACAGAGCAAAUCUUUGAGAAGGUAGAUGUAAAGCUUCCAAUAGAUAAGCAUUGCUGCGGGGAAAACUCUUUCCCCGCUGCAGUUCAGAAAGGUUUAUUAAUAGAGCCUGGUCCUCUGAAUCAGCUUAAGAUGCAGCAGGAUAAACUAUAAAAUCUAUCCUAUUCUUGGAAAGUGAAGCUAUUGUUCAACCCUGCCCUGCUUCUGGAAGGAAAGAAACCUUGCCUUAUUGCCUCUUCUCAACAGUGGCUAGAACAUGGCAUGUUCUCAUUAACUUUUGAAGUGAUUCCAAAAAUCAACAGUGCUGCUCAAGGAGGUGGUAGAGCAGCGGAAGAGCAAUGUCAGUGCCUCAUGCAGUCAAGCUGCAGGAGAUGGGUAUUAGCACCCAAAGUGGUCACUGAGGUCAGGCAAUAGCAACCGAGUCAGUAUUUGCCGAAUCUGAAUAAGUGUUUAGCUGUGAAAACCCCAGAUUCUGUUGCAACAUGGAGCUCUGAUGAUGGUAUGCAGGUAUUUCUAAAUCUUCAACUCAAAAGGGGGGGGGAAACAUGGUGGUGUGCACAAAAAAAUCAGUAAGCUGUUCAUAAUAACUUUAAUUGGCUUCUUUCUGAAACAGUGCCGGUGAGUUUCAAAGGUGGCUUAGAAGAAGCUUAUUGAAUGUUCUUUGUAGUUAGCGCUUCAAACUAGGAAGUCCCAUUUGCAGUCAGAACCUGGAAAUUGUAGCAUAGUCUGAUUUAACAAGAAAAGAUGCACCUGUGCCUUCUCUCCUCCCUAGGCAGUUUUUUUUCUCAACUGAAUUCCCAUACCACAACUCAUGGGGAGGUAAGCAGCAGAUGCAAGGAGAGUUCUGCACCUGUCCUCUUACAGGAUGGAUUUGGUUAUCUUUUGUAAUACGGCACUCUGUGAGAGGCCAAAAUGUGGUGCCCCCAAAUGGAUCUUCUUAAUUUUGUGCCCCCUCGGCUCAGUGCCCUGUGCAGGGGAACCUUCCGUACCACCCUAAAUCUGGCACUGUUUCUUACUAUUACAGAGCUACAUACCACUCUGGCCCUGCCUCUGUCACACCUUCAUUAGCUCUAAACUUUUAAGGUAAUAUAAAGUCAUAAGUGUUUGCCAAACAGUAGCAAUAGUGGCUAUAUGUUAUAUACUAUUUGGUUACUGCAUUUGGCAUUGUUUUCACAGGUUCAUGGAGUGCGGGUAGUUUGGCCAGUAAGGAGCCCCAUCUGCACUGUGACCCUGUGGUGCAUAUUUGAGAUCAUUUGGGGUUUCUGUGGGCUCCUAUGGGGUAGAUAGUUGCUUUCAUAGUUCCCAGUGGAGGAUAAAAUUCUAACUAAGUGUAAAGAGUAUGGGUUGCUCGUGCGUAAGUUGCCGCCUCUCCUGGCUUUGUUGCCUUGUUAAACCUUUCAGUCUGGACAGCCCUUCACUUCGUGGCUGCCUCAGUCGCUAGCAGAAUCCGUCAGUGGGCGUUUCUUAAACCUUUUCCAACAUAAAAGUUGUUUGACACCCAGUCUCCUCCUACUCUCUCUGCGCGGAAGUCUUCUGCGCAGGGAGGGCGUGGGUAGCGGAGGACCCGUGCUCUCCCGCUGGCGUCCGGUGAAGAGUCUGGGAGCCCUCUCGCCGAUUCCCCCAUCUGCCCCUCUUUAUUCCUGGUGUUGCGCUGAAUUGCUUCCCCAUCUGCUGAGCUGCCUCUCUCCCUGCUGGGCCCUUCUCCAGCAUCAUUUGAGAGCCUUCCCUCCGCCUCUAGCUCCGAUGUCAGUUCCCUGACAUUAAGAUAGCAACUUCAUCUUUUUUUUCUCCACCACACCCUGAACUCCACCUGUUUCUUGGACUCCCUUACACUAUCAUGGCAGUUAUACUUACAUCAUCACUUAAGGUUACGUAGGUUUAAAGGAUUGAGUAGCAAUCCUAUUCUUGUUCAGGAUAGGACUGAGAGAUAGUGUGUGUGUGUGUGUGUGUGUGUGUGUGUGUGUGUGUGUGUGUUCACACGCAUUCCAGUUUACAACACCCAUUCCCAAAGUUUGAGAUACUUGAAACAAACAGGUAAAUCCUACAUAAAAUACGCAUUAAAGUACAUAGAGUCAUGUGGCCGCAGGCAUUAAGGGAAGGUCUUUUAGAAUUUCCAGGUUCAGUUUUAACAAGUCUCCAAGGGAGUUCCUUGAAGUGUCUUAAGAUACUCAGAUCUUGAUAAUGCAGAUUCAGCAUAUGCUAAUUGUGCAUGCUCCUAAUGUUGAAAAGUGACCUCAGUGCCUUUCAUUUAUUAAAAUUCUUUCACCUUACUAAGGAGCCCUAUCAUGUUGAGAGCCACUCUGAAAGUUAAUUGGCUGAAAAGCAGGCUAUAAAAAUCAGGAAUAAAUGAAAAUGGGUCACUUAAAUUGUUUGUGUUGCUCUUCAAAGAUUCCCCAGUAUCUUCAGUGGCAUUAUUUCUAUCAUAAUGACCUGUAAUCCUACAGUCCAUUUUGCUCAUUACUGCAGUUACAAACUGUACUGUGAAAUCACAGAGGAGUUUGGGGUCGUGGUGGUAUGAGCCAACCUAUUAUUAAUCGUAAUAACAUUAUCACCAGCAUUUCUAUACUAUCCUUCCUCUCUCAAAAUCAAGUAAGAAUAGCUGUUAAUCUUACACUUUAGUUAUAAACAUUCCUUCAGCUGGGGAAAUGUAAUUCCUAUUGAAUCCACUGAGACUUAGGUGUUUGAGGCUAGGCACAGACUAACAGGUUAAGGCCAGGAUGCCAGUCACCUUGUGCACACUGGAGUGCCUGCAGUUUCUUCCUCUGACAGGAGCUCAUUGUACCACAUCAGAUGUUUCCCUGCAGGAUUCUCCAACUUCUCAGAGUAGUAUUUCAGGCAGUGAAUGAUACAGCAUGGGAGAGGGGGCAGACAAAAGCUUCCUGUGCAGCUGUUUGGAUCCCCUUAAAUUAACACUAUUUUGAAUAAAUCAGUUUUGAGUUUCAUAGGCGUUCUUUCUGAAUCAUAGAUGUAUCUUUGUAUCUUUAAGCUUUUGGUUGUACAGCUUUCUCAUGAUUUCCAAGACUGAUCCUUCUGGGAUAGUAUAGUUGUUCAUUAUUAGGUAUUAGCUAGAGCAGUGUUCUUUUGACAUACCAUCUAGUCUAUUAAAUAAAUUACAUCAUAUUUAGGGACCUUUGAGUCCCCCACCCCUUCAUUUCUACCACGUUAUUUUUGGCUGGAAUUCUGUAAUACUUGGCAGCCAUAUCUGUUUAUUUUAAGAUAUUGAUUAAAAAUGUUAACAGGAUGAGAAACAGCUGCAGAUACUGGCAGUCUGCAAAAUAUAUAAUUACUAAGAAUAACUGAAGCAUAUUACGGCAUAAGUCAACAGAAAAACAUCUGGAAUGUGCUGUAUGUGUCACAUGAGAAUUUUGCAUUAAACACUUCCCACAGCUGGCAGAUUUAUUAUCUUUUCUGCUCUACUACUAAACAGCUCACCUUUGUUUUCCACACAUAAGCCUUUGUGGUAGACACUUCAGCAAUUUUCUGCAAAAUUUUAAUGAGGCAAAUUCUCUGGAAUAUGUAGGAACAAUUGGGACUGAUUAUCGCUCUGAUAGUUUUAUACUAUGUCAUCUUUCUGGUGGAGGGGGACGACUGCUCACUAGCUUAGUAUUUUAGAAUUACCAAACGCAAAAGGGUAGCUAUGUUAAAGGUAAAGGUACCCCUGACCGUUAGGUCCAGACGCGAAUGUCUCUGGGGUUGCGCACUCAUCUCACUCUGUAGGCCAAGAGAGCUGGUGUUUGUCCACAGACAGCUUCCGGGUCAUGUGGCCAGCAUGAAAAAGCUGCUUCUGGCGAAUCAGAGCAGCGCACAGAAACACCAUUUACCUUCCUGGAGUGGUACCUAUUUAUCUACUUGCAUUUGAUGUGCUUUCAAACUGCUAGGUGGGCAGGAGCUGGGACUGAACAACAGGAGCUCACCCCAUCAUGGAGAUUCGAAUCACCGACCAUCCGAUCGGCAAGCCCUAGGCUCAGUGGUUUAGACCACAGCGCCACCCGCGUCUAACAAAUGUAUCGUGGCAUAGGGUUUUUUGGCCAUUAAAUCCUGCCGUCCAGUCAGCGCUUCCGCUGCGUAGCUCUGCUUGGGGCUGACGUGGGCAGGAAAACAGAGUCGCAGCAGUCCUGCCGUCCGUGUGAGAUAGAGGGAUAAAUCAAGUCCAGAGACAAUUUGUUGCUAUCUCUAAAAGCGUUUAUUUACAAGCCAUAAAUCAUUCUCAUUCCACAGGUUUUGUGUUCAAUUGUUAGGUGCAUGAAGUGUUAUUUGACAUAUAUACAGAUGGUUACAAGGUGGGGAUGUUGUUGUAGAGUGGGGUUAGGAAACUGAGCAAUCAAUGCAAAUGAUAGGUGUCCAUUUACUGGGGAAAUAGUAAUGCAAAAUAGUGUUUAGUGCAAAACAGCAUUUAAUGAAAAGGAUUGUUUCAGUCCGGUUGUGUGUGGUGAACUGUCAACUGUUGAUUAAUUGGCAAAGAAGAUAAAGCGUAGAAGGUGUGAAGAUGAGCAAGCUUUUGGUAACACGACUGCUGUUUGUUGCAGAAGCUUGUAUGUGUACAGGGUACCCCAGUUUUUGAGCCACUGGAAGAUGAGUAGUGGACUAUAGUUUCCUCAUAGUCCUUCAGAUUACACAAACUAACUACUUGGGCUUGGGGGAGCUGAUUCUCAUUGUAAAGACAACAUGUGAGAACCUGAGGCUCUUCUCUCCACUUCCCCACAGAGAUCAGAAUGGCUUGGAGACUUAGGAAAUGGUACCAAUGGGGGGGGUCUUUCCCUUAGGUUCCUGGCACUGCAGAGAGGUGGCAGUGAUCUCCAUUCUGAUCUUGGUGGGAGAUUGGAGAGCUAUAAUGCGCAGCCUUCACAGUGAGAAUUAUUUAAGAAAAGCCAGGGUAUGUAGCUGCCUGCUAUGUAAUGUGAACAUCUAGUUUGGCCCUAAGAGCCUGAGAGGAAAGAGUUCUCAUAGCCAGACUGUUGGGAAUCUGAGUACAGUGGUACCUCGGGUUACAUACGCUUCAGGUUACGGACUCUGCUAACCCAGAAAUAUUACCUCGGGUUAAGAACUUUGCUUCAGGUUGAGAACAGAAAUCGUGCUCUGGUGGUGCGGCAGUAGCAGGAGGCCCCAUUAGCUAAAGUGGUGCUUUAUGUUAACAACAGUUUCAGGUUAAGAACGGACCUCUGGAACGAAUUAAAUACUUAACCCGAGGUACCACUGUAUGUGCAGCUACUCACACAGAGUCAAUUAAGGUUUGGCAGACAGCCAAGGCAAUGUGGAAGAGUAAGUCUGCCUGGUGAUAGAGAGGCAUGGAGACAGCUCCAUGAUUGGUCAAGCUCUCUCAAGGGAGUAAUGGUUAAUGGCCUACUAACUGGAAUGUGUUAGUUCAGUAGCUCAGCGUGUCAGUGUGGAGGUUGAGAGUUGUGAGAGAGCUAGCAAAAGAUCCGUGUUCUGUUCCUGUAAAUAGUCCACUGUAUAUAAUAAACACCUAACUACAAGUUCCUGGUUCCUGCUUCGUCCAUCCUGUCUGCAGCCAAGUUGCCAAUUGCUUUUGUGAACUCUGCGUUUACUCUGCUAAGUCUGGCUGAGGUCCUGCAACUAGUCAGAAAGUUGCGAAACACCAACAGGUUUUGCCAAUACAGACAACAAUGCUAUGAGAGUCCUAGAGCCCAAGACAGUGUGGUUUCUAGGAUUCCCCCGUUUGUGGAUCUUGGAAACAAAUAGAAAAUAACACAUGAGGUGUGCCUUCGUAGAUUUUUCCUGCACUCCUAUAACACAUUGUUCCUUUCAGUAUUCCAUGGGUGUGAAAAAUGCAUUAUUCAUCAAAAGCUGCACAUCCUCCCAUUUGUAGGGCAGUUGAAACCCUGUGUCAGACAAACCAGCAUUUGGGACAAGAUCCAUUGCAGGAGAAGGGCUUGGGGUGCCUCAUUCUCAAGCUUGCAAGCCUGUUCACAGAGAUAGUGUGUUCUAUUUCCACAAGCUUCUUUAAUAAAUUUGAGGUAGUAGGCAGGACUUUCGGCAUUUGCUCAGUGGUACAAGAUGCCAGAGCCAGAGGUAAAGAUUUCCUGUACACAGUGUGCAUCUUCUUGCAGGAGCUACUUUGCUCAAUACGAAGAAUAAGACAACCAACCAUAGCUAAUUAUGAAAAUUAAAAUGCCUCCAAACUAGCUGUACAACAAAAACUGAGUUGCUACUCAGACUUUGAUGAGAAGAAAACUGAGUGGGAAGGCAUGUGCACUCUAGAACCUUGCACAGUCAACAGACAUCUUCCUUGAGUUUAGUGGACUGUUUGCUCCCAUUUUUUUAGCUCUGGAAGGUACAGCUUUGCCCAGGAUCCCAUGUGUCCCUGUAGGGAGACCAUGACAUAAGUGGUAUCUAGGUUAAUACUUGAUGGACACCGUCCAUAGGAUUAUACUGCUUAUUUUAUCACAUUAAGCAGGGAUGUGGCAUUCCAGCUGUUGGAUUCCAAUACCCAUUAGCCCAGCCAGCAUGGCCAGUGGUCAGGGAUGAUUAGAGCUAUAGUCCAACACCUGGAAAUCCACAAGUCCCCUGUCCUUAAUGAAAAGUUUUUAUUUUUGUGAAUGAAUGACAUUUUAGAUUUUUGUUAAAAGUAAGGUUUUGGAAUUGUUGUUGUUUUGCUCUUCUUUGUGAAUCUGUCCUAUCACAGUACUGUCACAAUACUAAAGAUGGCCAUUAUUGGUAUCUUAAAGUACUAUCCUUUUCCUACUUCAUUGGAAAGAAGGAAUUUGAAAGAGGGAAGAAUAUAUGAUUGUCCCCUAUACCUCUGGAAAUGAGUUAGGUCAACAUAUAUGUUGAUUUUCAUUAAUGAGUUUCUUUGAUCUUGUUUCAUAGAAGUGAGCUGAGCCGUCAAAAAAUUUACACCCAGGAGGUACUUUGUCAGCUGGAAAGAACAAAUGAAAAGGUCAUUGAGGUAAGAGAAUGAUCCUCAUCCAAAUGCUGUGCUUUAACUAGAUGUACAUCUUGUCUAACUUGAACUCUCUUGGUACACAUCAUUUGUUUGCUUAGAGUAGUUUUCAGCUGGAAAACUCUGUCCUAUUUGUGAUCAUACACACUGGGGAAAAUGCUAGAAACAUUUAUUUUACUAUUAUUAAAACAUACAGCUUCGUUCAUAGCUAAUUUUGCGCUGUUUAUUUUUUUUACUAGGUAAUGGUUCCUUUCUGUGAUCUUUAGCUUGUCAUUUUUUUCUGCAAUGGCUGGUUCAAUUUUUGUAACAACUAAAAAAAAAUUAGCCCUCCUAAGUACUGAUUAGCCCUCCUAAGUACUGAUCUUCAUAGUUCUGCCUCUCUGGACAGCCUAUCAUCUGUCCUUACUUUCCUUUGAAGGCCAACUGAUUGAAGCAUCUCAGGAGUCCAGCACCACCCCUUCCCUGUUGAAAUUUGUCCUUGUAACUUCCUUAAAAUUAUGUUUUAAAUAUAAGUGUUGUGUCAUGAGAUUCCAAAGACUGGAAAUCCCUGUCAAGGUUAGACACAAUGCAUAGGAGCAACCUGCCUUGUUUGCCUUUGUUAGUCGGUUCCUGGCUUUGCCAUUCACCAAGUUUCUCUUCCUUAAACCUUGUUUCCUGAAAUAUGUAUGAUCUGAUAACAGAAACGUAAAUUUGUAAUGAGCUAUUUCAUUUAUACAGAAUGAAAAAUUAAGGAUGGAACAUCAAGAGAAAGUCAACAGACUUCAAAGGCGACUAAGCCAGGCAGAAGAAAGGGCAACCACAGCAUCUCAACAGGUAUCUAGAAAUGAAUCACAACAGCAUCCUUAUUACAGCUGCAUAACCAAAAACAUUUAAAUAUAAUAAUUUUAUUAUUUAUAUGCCACCCAUCUGACUGGUUUGCCCCAGCCACUCUGGGCAGUUCUCAACAAAAUAUUUAAAACACAAUAAAAUAUCAACCAUUAAAAACUUCCCUAUACAGGGCUGCCCUCAGAUGUCUUCUAAAAGUCAGAUAGUUGUUUAUCUCCUUGACAUCUGAUGGGUAGAUGUUCCUCAGGGCGGGCACCACUACCAAAAUGCUCUUUGCCUCGUUCCCUGUAACUUUACUUCUCACAGUGAGGGAACCACCCGCGGGCCCUCGGAGCUGGACCUCAGUGUCUGGGCUGAACGAUGGGGGUGGAGACGCUCCUUCAGGUAUAAUGGGCCGAGGCAACUUAGGGUUUUAGAGGUCAGCACCAACACUUUGAACUGGGCAGCCUUCAAACUGGAUCAUUUAAUGAAGAGCUGAAUCAGAGUCUUAACCAAAUUAGUGUUUCAGUUUUCUCUGUUGGGAUGAAAGUCAAAACAUCUGCAUAUAAGAAAGUUCAGCUGUACGUGGGGACAGGAUGGGAAGUUAUUGGUUUGUUCUUAUUUGUAUUAUGCAUUUUGUGCUUUUAUCUUUUAUUUUUAUGCGGUGAUUUUUAUCCCAAGAUCUAUGAAGUGUGGUAUGCAACUCUUAAAACUGGCAACUGUGCAAUUCCUCUAUGUAUUCACUCGAUAAACUAUUCAGAAAAAAACUUAGGAAUCAUUUGAAUAUAUAUAUAUAUAUACACACACACACACACACACACACACACACACACACACACCCCUUAAGUAUAUUGUAGAAGCAGAAUAAAAUAAUUCCCUCACUUUAUCUGUACUUCAGCUUGCAUUAUAAUCCAAUUAGUUUAAAGAUUCCUACUGAAGAAACAAAUUAUUGUUUUGUUUUGUUUUAAUUACAGCUCAGUGCAAUUACAAUGCAGAGGAAAAAGGCUGCCUCCUUGAUAGAGUUGGAAAAUACUUGAAAGUAAUAUAUUGUUCUUCCAUGCAACAUGUAAGUUGAGGCUGCUGAAGGGCAGCAUUAGGAUAUAUCAUGCAGAGAGUGACUUCUAUAAAAAUGUGCAUCACUGUUACCCGAGAAGAGAACCACUCUGGCUUCUUCACAAUAAACAUUAAGCAGGUAACUGCAAAUACAUAUUGAAGUGAAUUAAAGCUAGGUGGAAAGGUAGAUUGCCUUAUAUAACAUGUUUUGUUUUAUGGUAGAAAAGUUUGAAAUACACAAUUGCUGAAUUUUAAGGUUUUUUACAACUGACAGUACCUAAUGUUGUGUUAAUAAACUCAACAUUUUAAAACUAUUUUUUCCCUGUGUAAGGUGUUGAAUUUGAAAACAAAUUGGCCUUUGUAAAAUUGCUAUUGUAUUUAUUUUUUACUUUUAUUCCUUAGAUGUUAAUUUACACCAGUAAGACUACUCUUCUGGUUCCCCAAAUUCUUGUGGAUAUACAAACUGUUCCUAUUACAGAUGAAUACUUCAAAGAUGUUAUUUACAGGAUUCGGAAUACUAUUGCAUUUCCAUGUUGUAUAAUGUAGGAACCACCAAAGAAUCAAAAGGGCUUUUAGCAUUAUGGCUUGAGACAUGUGUUUCCAAUGCACACACAUAUGAGUAACUUGGCUUGGAAUUAGCCUCUCAGAAAUGAGUGAAUGGGAAGGAAUUUAGCAUCAUGACAGGGAAACUUUGGCCUUCUGCAACCUUGAGCUCUAU